AUGUGUGCCUGCCUCAAUGCCGCCUGUUCAUAUGCAGGUAAUAGUUCACAAUUCUCUUUCUGAUAAUUUAUUUUAAGAUUGUGAUGGUUGGGGUUACCAUCAGAGAAGCUGUAGCAGCAAGAUUCCUAAACUGAGCAGGGACUAAACUAGAACAUGGUGCUUGCUCAGUCCUAUGGAGUCUCUAAUGUGGGGUUUCUGGGUUCAGUAUUAUCCCACAUGCUUUUAAACAUCAGCAUUAUUAUUUCUUUUAUGAAUUGCUUCCUACAAAGCACCUCAAGGCAAUUUCACAAUAAAAUAAAGAUAUAAGUAUUUUAUAUGUAAAAUUGUUUUACAUAAGAAUUAUAUUAAAAAAAACAGUUUCUGAUACAGCCUGGCAUACAUCAACCAAUGACUGGCGCCAUCCAGAGUUUUGAUGUGUGUUGCUGAUGUCACACAAUGUUUAUAUCUCAAGUGGGUGUGGUGGUGCAUAUGCUGGAUCAGUGCCUAUCCUUUGUAAUGGACUGGAUGAGAACCAACAAACUGAAGCUUAAUCCAGAUAAAACACAGGCACUAUUGGUGCUAUUAUUUGGACAGAUGGAAUGCAUCCUGUUCUAGAUGGAGUCACACUUCCCUUGAGGAGCUGGUUCACAGUCUGAGGUACUCUUGGAUCCAACAUUGUUACUGUUGUCACAACUAGUAACAGUGACAAGUGCUGAUUUUGAUCUUGCACUGCUCAAGACCUCUAUACUUAAAGGACCAUCUCUCCCCAUAUGAACCCUGAGAUGAAGCCCUUCUUUGUGUGCUUUCCUCCAAGGGAGGUCCAGAGAGUGGUGAUGAGAGAAUGAGCCUGUUCUGUAAUAGCUUCCCACUUAUGGAAUUCUCCUACCAGAGAGGCAACCUGGUAUCAAAUUUGUCUAAUUUCAGUGGCAAUCAAAUCUAUUUUCAUUUUCAUGUGCAUUUGGACAGCAGCAACAUUGGAUGUGUUGUUGUUUUUUACUCUGGCUACACUUUUAAUUAUGUUUAUUACUACAUUUUGUAUUUUGCUCUAAAUUACAUUGGGACUUUUAUUUAUUAGAUGUAAUAAACUAAACUAAAAUGACUAAGAACAUUUGAAACAGAUGAAAGCAGGAAAGUGGAGUGGAGUGGUUUGUUAAGGCCUCUCAAAGAGUAACUUAUUUCACAGAUUUCUUCUAUCUUAAUUCCCCACUGCCCCCUGCCACUUGAAAAGUUCUUAAAAAUAAGCCUUCCAGCUGGCAAACUUGUAACAUUUACUCUUUUUUCAGAGAAUAGAGGGAUCACUUAUACUGACUCAGUUGCAUUUGAUCUCAAUGGGUUAGUACUAUAGUUAGCAAAAUCUCUGCCUUCUGGACAGGGCUGCUGCUGUAAUCUCCAUAAUUAUCCUAUGCUGUCUCUGACUUUCGGCAAUUGGGAAAUUUGAUUAAGCUGAUGUGCAGUAAGUGAACCAUUAAUCUCCAGCUCGUCACACAAAGUUGAUUUAAAAUUCAUGGUUUAUUAUCUUUUUAGUUGUAGAAAGUAAGUAGUAAUCAUUACAUGUUUUAAGUUAGAAUGGAUCUGCUUCUUUUUUAUUUUUUCUUCUUUUGAGAUUAGUUUCCUGUUUCCUGAACCUACUGGAGUCGUGUUUCAAAAACCACUGGCUUUUUUUGUCUUUUUAACCAUAGCUAUGAUAAUUUGUGUGGGUGGGUAGGGGGACCUUGAGGCUUCUAUGGUGGAAGGUAUUGUGGCCUUGUUUGAAUGUAAUUCUUUACAAACCUACAUUUUGCCAUUGAAAUGCCUGCUUCAGUGCAUUCUGUUCCCACUUUUAUACACACAACAAAAUGAGUCCCAAAGAUUAGUAGUAGGAUGAUUUUGGACAUUUUUAAAAUAACUUACAGAAUUGCUUUAUUGGAAUUUAGAAUUAUUGUUCCAGCGUACUAAACUGUCACAGUCUGUCUCUUCUUAACUCCCACCUCCAUAAUGAAUAUUCACAUACUGAAGAAUGAAAUUCUUCUUUGUUCCACACAGCUUUUUAUUCAAUAGAAAGUGGAUAUUGUCUAGCUGUUACAAUGCAAUUUUUAAAAAGCCACCAUUGUUUUCAAACAACAAUGUAAUUGCAAAUUGUUGCAGUGAAAUUUUCUUUCUUUCUUUCUUUCUUUCUUUCUUUCUUUCUUUCUUUCUUUCUUUCUGUUACCCUGUCAGAGUUAGUUACAAUCUCUUGAGAGAGAAAGAUUCAUGAAUGUGGCAAAACUGCAUUUUCUUAAUUGAUUGAUUUUAUUCUAAACUGGAGGCAACAUAAGGCUAAUAUAACGUGCUGUGGUAAAUCUGAAGUCAGCAACUGGUUCACUUCUGAGAGCUACAUUGGAACAUCAAAGAUCUGUAACUGAUUUCAUUAUUUUAAGCCUGUAAUAAACAUAAGGUCAAUAGUGUAGGCUACAAUCUGUGUUGUUGUUUAGUCGUUUAGUCAUGUCCGACUCUUCGUGAUCCCAUGGACCAGAGCACACCAGGCACUCCUGUCUUCCACUGCCUCCCACAGUUUGGUCAGACUCAUGUUGGUAGCUUCGAGAACACUGUCCAACCAUCUCGUCCUUUGUUGUCCCCUUCUCCUUGUGCCCUCCAUCUUUCCCAACAUCAGGGUCUUUUCCAGGGAGUCUUCUCUUCUCAUGAGGUGGCCAAAGUACUGGAGCCUCAGCUUCAGGAUCUGUCCUUCCAGUGAGCACUCAGGGCUGAUUUCCUUAAGAAGGAUAGGUUUGAUCUUCUUGCAGUCUGUGUUAAUACAUGUAAUAAAAAUAAUGCUUAAACAGCAUUUUUAUGUGCUCAAAGUACUGCUUAUGGUCAUAUUUACAACAACCUGAUACAGUGGUGCCCCGCAAGACGAAUGCCUCGCAAGACGGAAAAACCGCUAGACGAAAGGGUUUUCCGUUUUGAAGUUGCUUCGCAGGACGAAUUCCCCUAUGGGCUUGCUUCGCAAGACGAAAAUACCUUGCGAGUCUUGAGAUUUUUUUUCCGCUUCCCCCCCCCUUUAUCUAAUCUGCUAAGCCUUUAAUAGCCUUUAAUAGCCUUUUAGCAGCUAAUCCCCUAAGCCUUUAAGCCUUUAAUAGCCGCUAAACCGCUAAUAGCGCUAAUAGCGCUAAUCCGUCAAUGGGCUUGCUUCGCAAGACGAAAAAACCGCUAGACGAAGACUCUCGCGGAACGGAUUAAUUUCGUCUUGCGAGGCACCACUGUAAUGUUAGCCUAGUAUUGUAUUACUCUAAUCCAGGCUUCCUCAACUCGGCCCUCCAAAUGUUUUUGGCCUACAACUCCCAUGAUCCCUAGCUAGCAGAACCAGUGGUCAGGGAUGAUGGGGAUUGUAGUCUCAAAACAUCUGGAGGGCCGAGUUUGAGGAAGCUUGCUCUAAUCUUACUGAUGAGAGGACAACCAGAGAGUUUAAAAUGAAGACAUCUCAGCCCAUGUUCUUAGCUAUUAUGCUGAUAAAAACCUAUGGUCAAUUCACAAUAUCUUGGAAUUGCUUUCACUGUAUGCUGACAUUAUUUUAGAAAUUUCAGAAACCACCUGGGGCAUUUUUUGGCUGGGAGAAGCUCCCAUUAUCCUCGGUGGUAUGUUGUCUUCCUGUUCUGAAUUGGGACAGCAGUAGGGGGCAAAGAGUUUAAGCCUUACACCAGAGCCUCAAUCUGGAUCCCCACUCCACAACUGCUGUUUGUGAAAGUAAAAAUCUUGCAUUAGUGCUGCUCCAUCAUAAGCAUCCAAGCAACUUUGACUUUUCCUUGUGUAGAGAAAGCCUGUUUGAUGACACUGAUAUGGGUCCUUAGCAGAGCACGCUUUCCCCCUACGCAGUUGCUGUUUAAGCAGUUCAGUUAGCUGUCAUGCGGUCACAGUGCUUGUGCAAGAAAACUGCAUGAGCCACUUGUAAGGGUUACGAAACCUUUAAUGAGUGUGUGUAUUUGGAUAAGAAAAUAAAUACUUUGCGGUUCUUGAGCUGGUGAAUUGUUUGCUCUGCUGUUUUAAUAGCAGUCAUCAGGUUUCUCUGGAAGGACCCACCCUGCAAACUUUUGAGGAAGUAACUGAGGCACAACUGGGGCAUGCCAUGUAAUCGGUUGAUUCUACAGUAUUUGUGUUCUAUCUUUUUCAAAGCAGUGGUUGUUUCUCUCAGAGUCUAGCAUACCCUCUCCAUGUUAAAGAAAAUUCUUCCUGUUGACUCAACAGUGUUGAGAAUUCUCAAGGCUUUCCACAAAAAGGCAGGAAAAGUUAGAUAGAAAAUUCCCACUACCCCUCCCCUGAUAAAUACAAAAACCCCUUCCUCUUGUGGUGUAGCGACUCCUGGCUGACUUUCCCCAUCUUUUAUUUAUCUCCCUUACUCCCUUUGUGCUUAUUUUCCUUGGGAAUUGAGAGAGGAAGAAGCUGGGUAAAUUAGCUAUUAAGACAAGUGUCCACAUGUUAAGCAUUCCCAGUUCAAGCUGCAGAGUUCCUUACACUUUGGAUGCUAUCUUUGUUUUAAAAAUUUAAAUGGCAACCUCAAGGGGUAGAAGGGGAACCAGAUUAGGAUCAGAAGCAUGAUAUAUGGUGAGAGCAGCUAAUCUUUCAUUCCUCCUUCACUACAGUAGCAGUGACAUCUCCCUCAAACCUUCAGUUCAUGUCAGGAGGGAUACUUCUGUUAGCCCCAAUGGAGACCUCUUCCAGGGACGUUAGCAGCUUCAGGGAAGCAAUUUUCAUUAGGGACCAUGGCAUAGGACAGAAGGUUUAACAACCGACCCACCUCUUGGUAGCAUGGAUAUGGAUAUUGGAAAAUUACAGUGGAAGUGGGAGUGAAAAUAAUGAAUGUUUGUUAAUUUGUCUCAUGUUCAGAAUAGAAAUGAGUUUGGCAAAUAUUAUCAGUAUUCACUGUUGUUUCCAGUCUGCAAACAAUACAUGAUUGGUGACAUUUUGCCCCCUCUCAUUUGCAUUGUGUUUCCUUUGCAUUGAACUGAUUGGCCUUUGCAUUGAAUUGAAUUGUGUGGAAAAGCAUAAUAAUGUAAUUUCGUAAAAUUCAGUCACAUCAGUCAGCGAGUCAAAGAACGUUUUUGUCGGAAGCUGAACUGCAGCAGAACAGAAAUAGUGCAGCAUGCAGAAAACAUAGGUUAGAAUAGAAAUCAGUGCCUCACCCCUAGGCAUGGCCUCAAUCUCUCACCCCCAACAUGGUUUCUAUUUGAUAUGUAAAUAUCAGAUACAUGAAAGGCAUUACAUAUCUUGUGUAUGACCUAACUUGGCCCCUUGUUCUCUCUGAGACGGCUUCUUCCCCAGUGUCCCUUAAAUCCUUCAGCUCUAUAAAAAGCUUAAUGAUGCUACCCUUGCUGCAAGCAUGCGCAAGGCAAUUUCUGCUCCUUAAUUAUGUGGUUUCUUUCCCUUAUAUGUUUGCCAAAGCUUGGGCAUUCUUAAGAAGCACAAUGAGAUGUCUGCUUUGGCUGACAUUUGGUGACUAGGCAAAGCAUUUAGAGGAUUUAUUUAAUAUAUAUGAUAAGGAGGGAGACAAAUGCAAAUAAACAAAAUGUAAGUACAGCUUGAAUGUUUAAUGGAAGGCAGCUGGCAAGAAAACAUAAUUAGGAAUAUUCAGCUUUGCCCAUCUGUUUUCAGGAUUCAAAGACUCUUCCCACCAUUUCAUCUCAAAGCUGGCAGGAAUACUGUGUCACCUAUUUUAAUUAUGCUGCAGUGAAUUUUUAUGGUGCUUGACAGAUUAAUCAGCACACCAGACCAAUACCAAACUCAGUAAGAAUCUAAACUGUGCUUUGCUUCAAAUUAAUUUUUUUUAAAAAAACACACAUGCUUGAGAACCUGUCUAAGAGAUCUCCAGGGAUCUGUUGAAAUAAACCCAAUAAAGUUGGCCGCCAGCCCCCUUGAUCCUGUUUAUUUUUUUUGUCUUUUAGGUGAACUUUGAGGAAAGCCUCAGUUGUUAAAUCCACAUUUUGUAAGACCAAUCCAAACAUAAUUUUAAUUUUUCUUUAAGGCUGCCAGUACUUCCAAUUUGCUAUGGAAAAUGUAUCACAGAAACAUUUGCUUUAUGGACCUCAUGCCCUUGUUAUUAUGACACCUGUCCUUUCUCAGCCAGUGGUAUUGGGUGCUCAGCCCCUUUGUUCCAAAAUGAGGUCCAGCUGUGUGCUAAACACAGAAUGAAUUUUGGAACACAAGACUUUGCAAUGCAGGAUGUAAUGAGGAACAAAAUAUUUAAAACACCCAUGCUUUUCACCCCAAACCUCAUACUAUUCUCAGGAUUCGUUCAUGCCAUUAUACACAAAGAUGCCAGACUGUUCAGUGACCAGUUGUGGUGUUAGUAGCAAGCAUCUUAAUUGCUGAGAACUCUUCUGAUGGCAGAUUUUCUUCUAGGUCCAGUAAUAAUAAUGUGUAAUAUUUUUGGAGCAUAUUAGUAUAUUCAGAAUGCUUUACAUGCAGUGGCCCAUUUCACACGUAAUGAUAAGCCAUGUUUUAGUGCUACAUGGGUGACCAUUAGAACAACAAAUGAAAAAAGGCAGAACAUGCAGAAAACGCUUGAAUCACCAUCUGAUUUUCCUGAUGUGAGCAAAGAAAGGAUAGCAAUUUUUAGUUUGGAAGCAUUUGAUAUUUUAAAUAGGAUGAAAGGCUGACCAUUGAGACCAUUACUGGGCGAGAAACCAGGUAGGAGAUUGGAAUGUCAGAUAAAGGCUGCACAGUAUUUGUAACUAACUUGAACAGAUGUGAAAUUUACAAAGUACCCACUGAAGAACCACAAACGUGACAUCCAACUGGCUAGUAGAUUUUUCCUGUUUUGCAUCUGAGUACAGACACUGUGGCUGUGCUGUAGAAAGAAGAAAUGAAAUCCAGAGUUGAUAUACGAAUAUUGUAAAUCUGCCAUACAAUUUGAUGAAGAAUAUUAGGGUAGGAAAGAGCUACAUCAGGAACAUGCAAGGAAAAAAGAAAGAGGUAAAAUGAGGGUCAAAACAUUUUAAAAUAAGAGGAAGUGUAUAUGAAAGCCUAACCCAAUUCUGUGGCCAUUGAACUCCCAGGGAAAUAUAAAACCAUUAGGCUUUCAAACAAAAGCACAAUAAGCACAUCUCAGAUUUAGAGGGAAUUAUCAGUGUUUAUUUAGAAAGAAAAAAAUAUAACAUGAAAAGAUAAUGGGAGAAAAAUAGUCGUCUUUGAUGUGCAAUAAUUAAUUCCUUAACUGAUGUGAUAGCUUUAUUGUCUUCUUUACCUUCUCCCUAUUGUUGAGUUUAAACUUAAUUCACUUAAGUGAAUUGGUAACCUUUAGUUUAAUGGCACAGUAGCAGCUAAGAACAUAGCAUGUGAAUCAAGGAGUUGCCUUAAGGGUCAGGGCAAUAUGACCUGGUUAUAAAUUAAUCUUGCAGAGGCCUAUUUUCCCAGUCUAGUCAUCUCAUAGAGGCUAGCUGUCUAUUUUAAAGUGUCCUUAAUCCCUGGAACUUUAUAUAUAAGGCACUAAUCAAUGGAGUGAAAACAGGUGACAAUUGUAUUAAAAUGAAAUCCAUUAGCAUGGUACAGUGGUACCUCUGGUUACGUACUUAAUUUGUUCUGGAGGUCCGUUCUUAACCUGAAACUGUUCUUAACCUGAAGCACCACUUUAGCUAAUGGGGCCUCCCACUGCUGCCGCGCUGCUGUCGCACGAUUUCUGUUCUCAUCCUGAAGCAAAGUUCUUAACCCGAGGUACUAUUUCUGGGUUAGCGGAGUCUGUAACCUGAAGUAUAUGUAACCCGAGGUACCACUGUAAUAAUAAUAAGCAUUUCCGGACUACUUUUUUUUAAUGAAAUUGCACUAAACACAAGAAAUGUUUGGUACACCAGUUACAGAAUUAAUAAGAUCAAUCAACUUCAGGGCUGGGAAUACCAUCCACAGUUUUAUCCUAUUGCAAUGUAAAUUAUCCCUUUUCCUUCUCCACCUAAAUUUAUUGUGACAAGAGCUGCCCAAAGUGGUUACAAAGAAACCUCAGCAGUUAGAAAAUCUUGAAAUCAGAUUUUCUAUUGCCUGGUAUCCAAAAAACUCACCUAUCGAACAGUGUCAGGUAGGAGCAGCCAGGCUGGUUCAUUUUGCAGAAGAGUACCUGCACAUUUUGCUUCAUAACUUCCUUUCUAGGAGGGCUAGACAGUUGAGUUUUAAAAAAAGUCAGUCUGGGGCUCUUGCCCAGGCCUUGGAGGUUGCCUCGGUACGUGUAUCCACUUAAAAGUACCUGUAAAACACUUAUAUGUAGAAGCUUUCCAUUUUCCAUUUUUCAGCAGUAUCCUGCCCCCAUUCUCCCUCUGAAAACUGCCUUCAAAGGUUGAGCUCCAAAGUGAUACUUCAUGAGACAUUCAGAGUUGCCAUUGCAAAAGGAAACUGCAGACAUACUCUUGUAGAAAUAUUUUUUUCCACACACAGAUGCAUGUGCAGUGGUACCUCGGGUUACAGACGCUUCAGGUUACAGAUGCUUUAGGUUACAGACUCCGCUAACCCAGAAAUAGUACCUGGGGUUAAUAACUUUGCUUCAGGAUGAGAGCAGAAAUUGUGCUGUGGCAGCGGGAGGCCCCAUUAGCUAAAGUGGUGCCUCAGAUUAAGAACAGUUUCAUGUUAAGAAUGAACCUCCAGAACGAAUUAAGUUCUUAACCCGAGGUACCACUGUACUGGCCUCCAGAUAUUAUGCUUUGAGUUAGGAUAGCUCAGAUCUUCAAGAAUAGUUUGAAAAGGGCUUUGGCACUUUAAAAAUUAUUAUACCCCCCCAACCUAUUGCAACAUCUUGAAAAUGAGAGUGGGUGUGGGUAUGGCUAUUUAAAAGUUAGGAUAGAAUCUCAACCAAUAAUCUACUCCAGUGCCAUGGGAGUAAAGCACACCUUAUGUAGUUUCAUAACUGCCCUUGGGUGGUGCUAUGCAGUUCUGGGCUCUUCAGGCCUGAACAGAUGGUAGUGUUAUGAGCACAUCAUUACCAGUGGUGUUAGAUGUUUGCUCUGUUGUGUUUCCAUUCAAAAACUCCUCUGUAAAAGUCAGUCAUUAAAAAGCACUUUAGGCUAAAAUUUGAUAGGCAGGCACCUUGUGGUAUUAGCCAUUUUUCCCACCCAUUGGGGAAAUCUUGUAAUCGUUUGAGCAGACUUUACUAUGGAUGGUAUUUGUAUUGGAAAUAGUCCUUUUCUGCUAUAUGUUCUUGCAGGAGAUCUUUGACCUUGGAGCUGUUAAUACACAGGCACAGAACUACAGGCCCCCAGCCAUAGUCAUUUGGUUUUCAAGGUAGCUGUGUUUCUUUGCCAGACUCUGCACCUACCAAGGGAAGGGGGUAAGGUCCUGGAAUGCAGGCAAGGCUGGGUGCAGUGAGGCAGAGGCAAAGAAGAAGCAAGACAGAUCUGUGGCAAGGAGCAGCAGAAGAGUUCUUUCAUUGUCUGGAGCACAGGUGGGAACCUUACUCAGCCCAAGGACUUCAUUCCCUCAUGGGCAACCUUCCAAAGGAGGCCACAUGCCUGUAUUGGCCGGGGCAAAAGUGGGCAGAGCAAUGGAUGUGACUCUUUCCUUUGUACAGUAGGCUACAUUCUAGCCAUGCAAAAGCCAGGGGUUUAUAUGCAUGCACAUAAACCCUUCUCCAUUAAGGCAGGCAAGAGAUGUUUCAUUCAGGCAAAAGCACUCAAGGAGGGCAUGGAGCAGGACCGGUAAAGUGUGGGACAUAGCCAGGGGAGAGUCACAAGGGCCACAUUGACCCCUGGGCCCAACCUUCCUCAUCCCUGGUCUGACCUGGACGAGGUAGGCAUAGCAGAUCUGUUCUCCUGAUAACAGAUUUCUUUGAGUGAAAUUAUUACUUUAACCAACAUCCAUUAGGGAAGUUGCAACAAACAAUUUGUUUCCUAAGUUUCUUGUAACUUCUCAUUGUUUUGCACUUCAUAGUUAUAGAAGGCAACUCUGGUUCAGAACUGUGUGCACUGAUGACUGCAUGCUGCUGUUUUAUAGGGCAAGGGAGCCUUGUCAGAUUAUAACAAUGUAGAAAGAGAGAAUCUUACAAACAAUUGUGUGUGAAUGAGUUUGCCAGUACUCCUUUGCUUGUACUUCUGACCUAGCCAAGAUGAUCUUCUAGUCUUUGGCAACAAAUGGUAAUCGUUUGAAGAUAAGACACUUCUCAUUAAACAGAUUAGUAUUUAAGGCAGCUAUUUAAAGCAACCAUUAGUAUUUAAAGCAGUAUUUAAAGUAGUUCCCAUGAUUCCUGUUUGUAGGGUGUUUAGUCUUCUAUUCUUAGAUCAUAAUCAUCUAACAAUUUAAUUUUGGGUGGGUGGGCAACUUCAUGCUUGAAGGAAACAGAUUUCUGUAUCCAUUUCAUUCCAGCUUCAGGCCUGGAUAUUGGGAUGGAAACUGCAUUGAUCACCCUGAGCAGUGACCUGUUUGGGGAGAAGGACAGGAGGAGUGUGACUCUUUUAAUUCUCCUUGACUGCACCAUAGCUUUUGAUACCAUUGACCAUGGUAUCCUUGUGGACUAUCACAUGAUUUUGGGAGUUAGAGAUAGUGCAUUGCUAUGGUUCUUCUUUAUUGAGGUCUGGCUCCAGAGACUAUAAUUGGGUUGCUACUGCUUGGCCCCAUAGGAAUUAUUUUGUGGAAUUUUGCAGGCUCCAGUCUUGUAACCCAUUUUGUUUCAUACCUUUUGAAGUUAUUGGGAGCUGUCAUUGGGGGAUUUGGAGUGAAGUACCAUCAAUAUGCUGAUGACACCCACCCCUGAUAAGUUAUGUUUAUUACUAGAGAGUAGAAAUGAAGUAGGGGUUUUUUUAAAAAAAACCACACACAACAACAACCCAGAUAUAAUUAUUUCCUGGAUUACAUCUAUGAUGUUGGAUUCUUAUUUAAAAUUGUUAUCAUUUUAUUUCUCUUUGCUCAGAUGCAAGCUGGACUAGAGGCACUUGCCAGCCAGGGAAGGCUCUCCAGGGAGGCCAUUUGAGGUCACUGGAUGGUGUUCACCUCCAGCUGCUGGAAGGAUUUCACUCUGUCCAAUCUUGUCAAGCUACUUGCUGUCAGAGCCCUACCUGUGAUGCCUUUUGGCUCAAGGGAAAGAUGUGCAUCCAGGUGAACUGUAUCAAGCCUCAUUGGUGUCAGGCAAUCUGGACCAACACCACUGACUCGAUCUUGGUGUUUGUAAAGAGAUCUGAGCAUACGAUAAAUGCCCAACCUGCAGCAGAGAGGAGAAGUUAUCUUCCUAAGUGGCUGGACUGGAGGGAAGGACAUCAAAGUAAAACAAGGAUGAGAAGGUCCUUCAAAGAGUUGCUGGCUUACAGAGCACACUUGGCAGACAUCAGGGGAAGCUCUCUUAAGAGGGACACAGGCUCCAACAGCGGAGGUCCUGUAGCCCAUCCUGCUCCAUCUCAGCCCUUGGAUAGUAAAUCCACCCAUAAUGAUCUGACGGAAGCUCCUUCUUCCCAUCAAGAAACAAACCUUCCCAGAAACCACAUUGAUCCAGAAAAAAACCUGCUGCCAAACAGUGAAGACUUGAGAACAACCAAAUUCAAAAGCUCAUCUCCCCCCAGCAGCAAUAAUGUGAACAGACCAAGUGACCUUGCUGGGAGUGGCCUCACGAGGGUAAGUGCAAGAUAAUAUUGUUAAUGUCAACACUAAUCCAAAUUCUGUUGUGUAAAUGCUUUAUAAUUCUUUUUUAUUGCACAGUAGCAGCAACCUACUUGACAUUGUUUGGAAAUUCUAAGAAAUAAAAAAAUCAAAACAGUUUUGAAAACAGUGGUUAGAUUCAGUGCAAUUUUAAAAGGUUCAUUCAACUGCCUUGAUGAGAAAUGGUACUCAAAGGUUCACUCUUGCAUUUGUGGAUCAAUGAACUGAUAGGUCUGACUUGCUUGAAAGCCCACUACUGAUGAGGAACCUCAAGCCCAGAGACUGAAUGCAGCCUUCCAGGCCUCUCUAUACAGCCCUUGGGACUCUCCUCAAGUCACACUCCUCACUGGCUUUGCUCCAUGCUCUUCUCAGACAAUUUUGUCUGGCUGAAAUAUGUCCAUGAAUUGUGAUGAUGGAGAGCUAUGUCUGUCAAGUAAAAAAAUGAAGUUGGAAGACGCCCCCCCCCCCCAGCUUUUUCCUUAAGAAAGUCUGGAAGGGAAGAGAGCUUGUCAGCUGGGAUGUCUCUGCUUGAAGGUACCUCAGACAGAGGAAAAGUCUGGCAGAGAAGGGAAUACACUGCCUUGGACACUCCUGAUUGAAGGCAACUCACAUGCCUUUUCUAAGAGGAGUGCUGGUGGGGAGGGAGGACCAUUACAGUUUAGACACAACUGCUGAAAGUCUAACCUCCCACACACUGGAUUUUCUGGUGGAGAGCAUUCCAGCUUGGGCACCAUUAGGCAAGGCUGCUUGGAUCACUUUUUCCUAGAGAUCACCCCUCUGCCCGCACUGACCUUUCCUGUUCUGGAGCACAAAAGGCUACAAGUGCUGAUUUAGCCUUGCAUAGCCAGGGCUUUCCAGGCACCUUGGCCACAGAGCUGCCAAACAUCUCCCAGUCUUCCCCCUUCAUAGUUAGAAAUAAAACUGGUUGCUUAUAACUUCAUGGCAAGUGCAGCAAACAGAAUGGUUGAACUCAGCAUAUGUGUGGGGUGUGUACCAAGUGUACUUUUUUACUCGCAUCCAGGCAAGGGUGCAACAGAGAGUCUAUAAUAGCAGACAACUCAGUGAUAUAACUCCUAUCAGUGGGGUCUAUCUCAUUUUUAGAAAUCCCUUGCUCAACUUAGUAUGUUUUCAGUAGAUUGUGGUUCUUGAAAGCUGUUAUUCUCAUGUACCUGGUUGCAGAUUUUGCAGUCCCAGGUUACAUUGCAGCUGUGAUAUGGGAACUGCCAACCUGGCGGAACAGGAUGUGGCUCAGAGCCAAAGGACACGACUAGGAAACCUGGAGCUGUCCUAGUUAGCAUGCAAAACAACCGCAUGGUUUAACUUUGCCUUGCUGACUCAGCUAUCCCUCAGCCCUUGACUUCUUAACAGUCACUUAGGAACUGCUGUUUGGCUCCUCUGUCUCAGCAAUACAUCAAUAAUGAUGCUUCCCUAAAACCGUAACCAUCUGGCCUCUCACAAGAGACUGUCACUCAGGAAGUGAUCCAGUGUGGUAGAGACUGCACUGCAAUCCCUCUGCUAAGAUUGAUUCUUGCUUGCCCUAAGUGAUAAAUAGUAAUGUGUCCCUAAUUUCCCUGCUGAUUUCAACAACAGGGUGUUGAGCUCUGAGCUAUCAGAUUCUCUUCUAAUGCUCCAGCUGAGCAGAGAAUGUAAAAUUAAGGCUGUAAAAAUAAAUUAUCUAAAAUCUGAUGUUUUGCUGCCAUUCCAGGCCACUUCCCUAGGGUUACCACUAUAGACCCAUUUGUGAUUUCUCUCACGGUGAACUUACAUUUUUGGAUUUCCAAGUUAUGGAAAGCAGGUUUUGCAAUAACUGAAGGUCCCCACAGGACAAAAAUCUUCAUAAGAAAAACAGAAUAUAAUUUGCACAACAUCCAUCUUAAGAUCACAACCACGAGUAGUCCCACAACCCACGUCCUCCUACAAGAUCUAAGUGUAGUUAUGUACAUUUAAAGAUUGAUGCAAGCUGCGUAUUUUGCUUCUUAUAGUAAUUUAAAAGGGGGACUUGCCAGGCAGUGUUGCUGUGUAUCUCCACCCUCUCAGGCAUACUCCUGUUCAGGGCUCCAGUCAACCAGAAGCAGGAGCCUUGCAGUGCUUUUCAGGGUUGCAGGGAGAUAUUCAGGAGUGGGAAAGGGAUAGGACAUACACAAUGCCACCCAGCAACCUCCUGCAUUGCUAUAGAGCUCCCAGUCCCAACCUGGCAUUCUCCCUUGGAAAUGGCAUAUUUUUAGAAUAAUUUGCUUCUUAUAGUGGUAUUGUAGCUUGAUUGAUAAAUAGUGGAUUUAUUCUCAUAUACGUAUUCUCAUAGGAUCAAAUAAUGUUCUGAGGGAAAUGAAGUGAGAAAAUGUUAACUAGAAUUUGGUGUACCCCGGCUGUUGUGUAAGGCAAGCAAGGGGAAAAUACCACAUCUUAUUCUUAGCACUACAUUGCAUUAAACAUAAACUGUAUCAGUGUACCUCCACAUAAUGAGACUGGGGCUGUGGAAGAAAGGGAAGUCAUGCUGUGUGUGAGAUGCAAUAAUGAUAGGGCAGGAAUUAUUAAUUACUGGGGAUGUCUAACGAUGUCAGAAAAUUCCAAAGAAAGCAGAAAAAGGAGCAGGAAUUAUCAGCAUUCACUUUUUUGUCCCGUGUCUGGAACAGAAAUCAAUCCAGUGAAUAUAAUUGAUAUUCACUGUUGUUUUCAGUCGGCAACCGAUACAUAACUGAUUAUGCUCCUGCCACCCAGUUUGCAUUGUGUUCCCUUUGCAUUUAAAUGAAUGGGAUGGAAUAACAUAAUGGCAACCUAAAUUAUGUAAUUAUUUAAAUACUUUACAUACGUUAUGUCGUUUCACCUCAGUGAAAGACAAAUAAUGAAAUUUUUGGUGGAAGACAAACUGCAGCAGAAUAAAAACAGUACUGUAUGCAACAAAUACAGGGCAGAACAGAAACCAGUGUCAUGUAAUGUCCAUAAUGAUGUUGCACGCACUUGUCUGUGGACCUGUCUGUGACGUUCAUGUAUCUAUUAUCCAAACUCUUGUAACAAACACACUUGGUGAGGGAGACGGUAUUUCAUUUUGCCAAUACCAACACACUGCAUUUUCCCUACAACAGAAGUACUAUGUUGGGGGAAGAUAGUCUCACAUUUACUGCUCAUAUUAAAAAUGUUUGAAAGCCCCUCAGGAAGACAAAUUGGCAUAUGCUCAUGAGAGUGAGUGAGAGUCUGCCACGUGCCAAGUUGCAGCCUGGCUCCAUUGCCAAAUUAGUGCCUUUGUCUUCAAGCGCAAUGCUGUGUAUUUGAGUCAGACAACAGUGAUUGACUAGUCAAGAGAAGUAUUCAAGUACAGCACUGUUGAUUAAGGGGUCUGCUGCUGCAUCACUGUGGUAUGCUUGCAGAAGCAAGCGCUUUUUUCAAAUGAAUCUCUUACAAGGUUAGUGUUUCUUGACUUCCACUUCGACUGUGGUGUAGCUGAAGUGUCUUUAUCCUUGGCCAGUGUUUGCUUGCCUUGGUUACGGAUCAUAUUCGCUGCAUUUGCAAAUUUAGGUCCUGUGACUUCUGCAGAGUGAUCAGAGUUCAACAUUGUUCUAAAUAUAUUAGAAUGUGACCCCCUGCCCCUAAAAACAUAGGGAUUGACACAGAAGGCUGUUCAUCAGCAGAAUAUGUGGAGGAACCAAGAGGGAAGAAACCAGAAUUUGCUAGUAACAAACCUUUGAAUUUUGAGAACUGUUUCAUAACAGUUACAUAUGAAAAGGUUGCACAUAUUAAAAAUGUAUGUGCCUGUGUCUAUUUCUAGACUAUUGAUGGGCAAACUGCGCUCCCUGUCUUGAAUUGGCUCAGUGCAAGCUUUCUUGGUGAUUGUUCUGAAACAGAUGUCUGUUUUAAGAGAGUUCCAGAUAGUUAGCACAUGUGCAGUGAUGGUGCUGGGCAAUGUGCACACAGUUGUAUAUUACAUCCUGAGAAAUGUAGUUUGAUCUCUCUUGCUGUGCACCCCAGCCCAUUGAACAUCAGCUAUUGUGGAAAGGCUUCUCAAUCUCCCACUAAAAAAAAACAAAAAAAAACCAUGCAGGAGAAGAGAGGGUCUGAAUGAGGAGGCAACCACCACAUAAAAUCUGUGCAAGAAAUAAUUGAGAUAAUUGAUUUACACAAUUGGAGAAGUUGCUUGCCAACAUGAGCCUGCUUGUUGAUUUGAUGAUUUCAUCACAUAGUUCACAAUAGCAAAUGAGAGUUCAUUGCAUAUGAGGCUGCAAUGUUGAAAGAACUUCUUUUCAUAUGCCUUCAAAGCAACUGGCUUUGUAGUUUUGCAACAAUCAACAAGAGUUUCAUUGAGAGCCAUGGGUUAACAUUAAAUAAAGUUAGUGUACAUUGUGAUUUGGGGCACUUGGUCUCCGGGCUGUACACCUUCAGAAUCUCAUUUAACAUUCCAUACCAGAGAAUAGCUUCUUGAGGAAACAAGGCUUGAUCCAAAAUGAUAUGAACAUUACCAGCCUAUCAAAUUCAUAUACUAAACCAGAUAACUAGUUCUGUCACCAACAUUUCAUAAUCCAGAUUGACUCAGUCCAAUAGUCUCCAGUGGUCUCUCUCUCCAUCUAUGAAUUGAAUGUGUGUUUUGAUCCUCCCUUUAAAUUCAGGUGGUACCACAUCUUGAACAGAACAUCACCGCAACCCAAAAUUAUUUCAUAACUGGGGCCCUGAGCCCAGAGUUCAAAUCCAGAGCUUUAUGUGCUGGUACUCUCCUUCCCAAAUUACAUAACGUAUAUGAUAACAGAAGUAAUGAAUUUCUCACCCUUAGCUUGACCUUUUAAGUAUUGCCAUUUGACUUUGUCACAAGAAAGUGUGCUGUGAUUUUUUUGUUUGUUAUGAAAAUCAAGUCCAGGUUGUUGAUAUUUCUGUGUGCUGUGAUUUAAAUGUUCAUCUUAUGCUAUACAAAGAUCAACUGAGGAAAAUAUGUAGCAUAUACAGAUAAGCCCAGUUAAAGCUGAAAUGUCUGGUUCUGGCUGCCUCAGGCUACCCACCGGAAUGAGGAGGGCCUGGGGAAGGAAUUUUCUUAUGAAAGAAAGGAAAUUGUUUUCGUCUGUCCCCUUGUCUUGUUUACACUGGUCUGAUUAGACUCUCACGGCACUCAAAAGUGGGAGUAUUUUAUAAGUGAGCAAAAUGGACUUGUCACCCAAGUUCUUGACCAUAAAGCCAGAAAUUCUGUUUGCACAAUGUGCUCCUUUUGAACAUCCAGUUCUCUCAUGUGGCAGAGGCUGUUAGUUAAUUUACUUCUGCAUAAUCCCAUCAUUUUUUUGGCAUUCAGGCCUAUUAUUAUUAUUUGCACCAUUCACCAACAGGUUCCAAGGCAGGUUACAACAAUUUAAAGCAUACCUCUCAGGCAUGCAAAGGCCAGGAUAAAGUGUUAGCUGAAAACUGUAUAGUGAAGGUGUGACAUGCACCUCUGUAGGGAAGGAAUUUUACAAUUUAGAGCAGGGGUCAGCAACCUUUUUCAGCCAUGGGCUGGUCCACAGUCCCUCAGACCAUGUGGUGGGCUGGACUAUAUUUUUGGGGGGGAAAUGAACGAGUUCCUAUGCCCCACAAAUAACACAGAGAUGCAUUUUAAAUAAAAGGACACUUUCUACUCAUGUAAAAACAUGCUGAUUCCCACGGGCCUUGGGUUGCCUACCCCUCAUUUAAAGGAAUGUAAACUGAGUGGUUAAUGUGCAUAACGAGCCACUGUGCAUAUUCAAGUGUAUAUAAUCAUUCCAUGAAGAAGGAAUUAUGCACAUUUCCCAGUCGAGAUACAUAAUCUGCAAUAGGCCUUGGGAAAUGUGCAUAUAUUGACAUAAUUUUAUACGUUCUCUAGUCAGGAUACCUAACCUUCAACAGGCCCCUGGGAGUGUGCAUAUCUCAAUUGCAUUUUGCACAUUUUCCAGGCAGUAUGCACUUUCUCCAGUCAGCAUGCGGUCUCCAGAAACUUGAUUUCCCCCUCUCUUUCUUGUCCAGAAAUGUGCAAUUUGUGCACGUGUGCGCACCACCAGCUGUUUCUAGCCAAACAUGUUUUUCUCAAGUGAUAUGACACAUACAUUAAUAAUGACUAUUACUACUACUACUACAACUACUACUACAUCUUCCCUACUCUUCCUCUGAAUGGGGUGAAAUUUCUGACACAGUUGGGGAAAUUUUCAUGACUAGUGAUGAUAAGAGUUAAGUUGUAAAUGUCAUUUUGGAUGUUGUGGUCAGUGAAUGCUUUCUCACGUUCCUUUUUUUGCUUUCACUAGGCCCCUGCUGGAGCCUCCACUUCAGAACCCUCUCUGGCAGCUGCAUUCCCCAGUCCUGUUGCGAACGCUGAGAAAGUCGAGCCAUCCAACAACACUUCUACCCAGCCUUUGUCGUUGGAGGAUGCCAUUCCAACUUCUGGCAGUCUUCAUGGGAAGGGUAUGGGGGAAACGCAGCUGGUUACUUCUGUUCCAACUGGCACCCCCACCAAUGAUAGUAAUCCUGUAGUUCCAACAAACCCUGCUGUGCAACCCAGCACUGCUGCCCCAACGCCAGGUAAGAGCAACUGUCGGCUGAGGAGAUGUUGUAAGCCUGCCUUUAAAUGCUACUGGCAUAGUUCCACAAUCUCAGCUCUUAAUCUGACUGUUCAUUUGCCAAAUGUUUUGACAGAAGUUUUCUUCUAGUGCUUGUUUAAAACAUCACAUCUUGCUAUCUUAGUUCGGAAGAGGAAAAAAAACCUUUUGGGGAUAUUGUACAAGAUCUAGGAACGUAUCAUUCUGGUUUUGCACUUUUCCACAGCUACUCUUUUGUGUUGUGCAUCGCUUGAUUAAGUGAAAUAAACGUUUUACAGUGUUUGGCCUCGAAUGAUAAAUAAUUACAAAAAACUAUAUACAGCUGCCUUUCCUGGGACCCACCUCUAACUUCAACCUUCAGUUUGAGAUCUUUUAAUUUUUACAUUUUACAUCUCUGUUUUCUACAUUCCCAUUUUGAUUUUGUCAUUCUCCUUCUCUGGCAGCCUGGCUGGGACUUUCAUACCAACAGCUGAUGACUAAGCCCCCAGAAGCAUCAAUUUCAGAUUUCUCCCUUCUGCACACCUGUGCUGUGCCUGGUUCUCCUCUUUUGCACCCAGUUUCUGUCAAUCAGCAGCAAACAAAACAAAACUCAUUUUUUUAAGAAAAGAAAAGAAAAUGGUGGCUGCUGGUACCACUCAACUGUGCUCAUCAUUAUAAUAAUUAGCAUUUAUAUAACACAUUUCAAGUAUUCAAAGAACUUCACACUCAUUUAUCUCAUGAACCUUUGUAACAGUCCUGUAAAGGAGGCCAGUCCUCUUCUCCUCAGGUGGAGUGUGUGUGACUGUGUGGCUUGCUUAAAGUCACCUAGUGGGUUUGUGGUUGAGGUAAGGUUAUUUUGCAACUCUCAGUCUUGGCCCCCAUGCUAUACCUCUUCUCCAAGUAUAUUUUGAGGGAAGGGCUCAUGCUUUGUAUACAGAAGGCUCCAGGUUCCAUCCCUUGUAUCUCCAGGUAGGACUGGGGAAAAGCUCUUGUCUAAACACUAGAGAGCCACUGUCAUGCAGUGUAGACCAGUGGUGGGGAACUGGUGGCCCUCCAGAUGUUGUUGCACACCUGUUAUUGGUCAUGCUGGCAGGACUGAUGGGAGCUGCAGUCCAACGUCUGAAGGGCCACAGAAUCCCUAGCACUAGUUUGGGCAAUACUGAGUUUGAGGGACUAGUGUUCUAACUCUAUAUAUGGUCUAUGGUCAUAUAUGUUUUACUUCCCUCUCUGUUGUUUAAAUACAGUGGUACCUCAGGUUACAUAUGCUUCAGGUUACAUACACUUCAGGUUACAGACUACACCAACCCAGAAAUAGUACCUCGGGUUAAGAACUUUGCUUCAGGACGAGAACAGAAAUUGUGCUCCGGCGGCACGGCACAAUUUCUGUGCUAAAGUGGUGCUUCAGGUUAAGAACAGAUCUCCGGAAUGAAUUAAGUACUUAACCCAAGGUACCACUGUAGAUACUUCUGAAGGUGUUCUGCUGUUCCAUAUCCCCCCCCCCCCUUAUUCUGAAGCUAAAGUGCCAUUUCAUUUCUGUUUGAGAAGAACUGGAGUGCUUUUAAAAUUGAAACAAAGCAUAAAGAUCAAUUUCAGUGAUACCACCCCAUAUGCAAAGGUACAACAAGUACCAGAGAGUUAAAUUUUAUGGGAACUGCAUACUUUCUUGGACCUUAAAAUGCUUCUCAGUUUCCAGCUCAGAAUAGUGCAAAUUCUUGCUAUGUUUGCAAAAGGCUAAGCUUACAGUUGAAUAAAUAGAGGCUCUUGUCCCUCUCAGUUUAUGAAAGAGCAGCUAGAUUGUCUCCUGAAACAUAUCUGAUUCAGCUCUUCUCAUCUCUACUGCACCUGGCUGACAUCUCCCUUCAGUACAGAGCACAAAGUGCAUGUUGAAUUUUCCAGAACGAUAGCAAAGAGUUUAAUUUCUGUAUGAUUCUGUUGGUUUGUAUUCACUUUCAGUUUAAAAUCUCAAAUGGCAUCUAAGUUUAAAGGAUGGGAUGUUAUAGUUUAAUAAUUUGUAACUUGUUAUUUCUAAAGCUUUUUCAACUAAGGGCUUGUGGUGCACUUUAAUUUUGAGACGUGGGAUGAUUUCUGCAAGCAAUUUCUGUGCCCGGGGUUAUUAUGCACAGCUUGCUUCUCAUCAAAAACAUGCAUUUCCGUAUUCCAGGCUCCAGAAUAUUGAAAACUGCUGUAGUUAAUUGAGAAGCAUAUGACUCAUUCACACAAUGGCCCCUUUUGGAUGUAACAGGUUUAAAAGUGUUGGUUAGCAUGGCAUGCACAACAAGCAGCAGCAGCAACCCUUAAACUUAGUGUGGGUGAGGGAAGAUUGGAAGCUUUUGCUUCUGGUUUAAAACAAACCAGAGUUUCUCAUUGUAUCCAAAUGGGUUGGGGUGGAGGACUCUAGUUUGUUCAGACAUGUCAGGAUCAAGCCAUACUUUAAACAAACCAGUUUAGACAUAAUCAGUGCUUUUUUUCUGGGUGGACGCAGGGGGAUGCAUACCCCUAAACAUUUUGUGAAUCUAAGUUUGGCUUCAUUGAGGGGCAGUAUUUCAAUAUGAGUAGGAAAAUGAGAGUACCCCUAACCUUUUUUUAAAAAAAAGAAAAAAGCACUGGACAUAAUGAGAAUCUCUGGUUAGUUCAGAAUGGAAGGUGGAUGCUUUUGAUCUCCUCCUUACAGUCGUGCCUUGCUGCAUCUUUUUAAAAUGAAUACAUACUUCUCAACGUGUUCUACUCUCUCAUGCUUUCCCCUUCUUUUUGAAGUGACAAUGUCAUAUCCUUUUUGUAUAACAAAAUGGCUGUUGCAAGGAGGAAAUGAAGGGCUGGCCUACAUGCAAAGUUCAACCAUGAGUUACCAUCACAUCCAAACUGAGCCAAUACUUCUUCCAUAAGCAUUUGGGUAUAUGAAUGGAAAAUGUAACAUGUGAAAUGGCCUUGUCUUUUAAUUUUUAAUUCUCUCUCUCUUACAGUUAUUAAGAAACUGGCAGUUUCUGCUGGAGACAGUGUUGAAGUGACACUGCCAAAGAAUGAAGUGGAGCUGAAUGCAUACGUCUUGCCUCCACCACCUAAAGGUAGAUGCCAGGGGGCUAUGGCACAUAGUACAUGGUAGCAAACCUGAGUUUGCCACCUUGUUAGUUUUGCUGGAAGAGAUGCAUGCUCCUUUAAUGACAGCUCAAUAUAGGCGAUGAAGCUGGAAACGCUCAGUCAAACCUGCUUGGUGUAAUCAACAGGUAAAGCCUGUCCACAUGAGCAUGGCAGGAAGAAGUUCAUCUGGGCUAACUCCAAGAUACACUGGCCAGUUCUGAGCCAGUUGUGUGUACACAGCCUCCACACACUGAAUUCCACUUUGAACAGCUUUUGAUAUACCCUGAGAGUGCAAAUAUUUGCAAGACUUCAGGGGAGGCUCUUUCCUGAGCAGAGAUGGUUGCUUAGAUGGGCAUAGAACUGACUCAACUGUAUAUAUUUUGGGUGCCAACUGCUACCAUUUUGUGAGAGGGAUUAAAGCACAUGCCAAAUUAAGUUUUCACAAUUAAGGUGGAAUAAGUGCUCUGUUGCCCUAGAAUAACAAAUCCACUUUUUAAAAAAGUUUUGCAGUUAAGUAAGUGCAAAAUACACUGAAAAGUGUGGGAUGAAUGAAUUAUUAAUGGGAAGAUGUGUAAACUCCCCAAAAGCAAAUCAAAAUGAAUACAGGAUGAAUGGUCAUUUUCUUAUAACUAUCCUGUAAACAAAUCAGAGUACAUGCUCAACAGUCAUAGUUUAACUACCAUGUUAUCUUUGUAGAAGUAGAUCAGGAGUAAUGCUACAUAAACAGGUCAUCUGGAAGGGCUCUAUAAAUACUAUUAUAUAUAUUUGGUGUUAAUUUCAUUUUAUUUAUAAAUAAAUUUCCUUGCCAAUAGAAAUAUAGAUGGUCAGUUGGAAUAAGCAACAAUUUCCAGCCCGCUAAAGAAGCAUGUUAUGUUGGUGGAAGUGUGCAGUGGUGAAGCUGCAUGCUCCGCUACCGGGGGUGGAGAGCAGUCGGGGUGGUGGUGCGCAUCCUGGGGGUGUGGCACACAUUCUGGGGGCAUGGCACGCUGCCUGCGGGGGCAUGGCGCUCGACAUGCGCAGGGGGUGCAGCGCGUGUCCGGGGGGGCGCCGCAAUGGCACCCUACCAGAAUAGUGGUGCCGGGGGCGGUCCGCACCCCCGUUCCUCUGCCAGUGGAAGUGUGCGUUUUAUUUUGCAGUAUUCGAUACAUGGCUUACACUGCAAGGUUUUUUUGGAUGGGAUGUUUUAAGUGUAUAGUCUCCCUCCUUCAAUUCUGGUGCAGUUAAUUAGAUUUCAUAUAGGAAGAUAUUCUUAUAUUUUACUUUCCCACUCUGCAGUGAUGGGAAUGGACAUUCUUUCCCAAGAUUUAGUAUGACAUAUUCUGGCCAUAAUCAGUAUGAAAAUAUUUCAUUUUUUGUUUUUCAAAUCUCAGCUUAUAUGAGUAUUCCUUUCUAUUGCAUCAGUUUCACUCCCAAUAUGUGCUGGACCACCACAUGUGGAUAUAACACAAUUUAGUAUUCUGAAGUGACAUUAGUUUGAAUCUUCAAUAUAAGGCUUAAGCUUCUGAGCUGCUUUGAUCUUCUCAUUCAGUUUAUUUUGAUAGUGGGCUCUUCUAACCUCUGGUUUGUUUGUUUGUUUAGGGACUAGCUACUCCUAUGACUGGAGGCUGAUCACACACCCCACUGAUUAUAGUGGAGAGAUGGAAGGACAGCACUCACAGAUUCUCAAGUUAUCCAAGGUGAAUCUCUUGCUUUUUGGCAACUCUUAAAUCUAAAAUCUCAGUUGUAGGCUUUUGCACUGUCAUGUUGCAAGGUUAGGGGAAGCAAAUGUUACAGUGUGUAACAUAUAUAUGUACUGAAGCUGCUUUAUGCUGUCAGACCAUCGGCCCAUCUAACUACAUAUUGUCUGACUCUGAGUGGUUCUCUGGGGUGUCAGGUACAAUGAAACUGUUAGAGGCUUUGAGUUCACAUCCUCUCCUUGCUUUUGACGCGUUGCUGAGUCCACAGUAGACAAAAAAAAAUAAAAUAUCCCCACUUCCCCCUGAGCACAAGGCCAAGGUAAUGCAGGAUGUUAGGGUCCAAAUAGAGAAGGGGUUUAUUCUCAUCUGAGCACAUGGCAUCAAUGGCUCAUGUCUCUCAUAAUUCAGUAUAUGUUAGUUGCUUACUAUGAGGUACUAACAUCAUUGUGGGGGUCUAAUGUAGGGGUGGGGGCAGGUAGACACAGCCUUACCCCCUGUCUAAUGUGCCCUGUUCAUUUUCUUUGUUAGCUCACAGUUGGCCUGUAUGAAUUCAAUGUGAUAGUAGAUGGUGAUAAUGCUCACGGAGAAGGAAUGGUGAAUGUGACAGUUAAACCAGGUAUGCUUAGCAGGUACAUUUAUCAGCUUGUAGGUUAUAUAUUUCCUUUUUUUAAAAGCAAUCUCCACAAAAGCUUGAGAUGCAAGACAGCUGGGGUGUGUGUGUGUGUGUGUGUGUGUGUGUGUGUGUGUGUGUGUUAAGGAAAAUGACUGCAAGUUCUCCAGGGAGAAAUUUUGGCUAAAUUUGCAGUGGGAGGGAGGCGUUGGGUGAAACAGAAUGUGAAAAAUCAUUCACUAACUUUUGCCUUCUUCUUUGUCUUUUUUUAUGGUGGGUGGCAGCAUCAGGAGUGCUCUUCUUAGUGGCUGCCAUUUUCUUUCCUGUUUGGCAUAGCUUUGUGAUUAAUUCACACUUCCCAAAACAAAUUGUGAGCCAAAAUGAGGCCAAAUUGUGAGCCAGAAUUUGCUCCAAAUUUGGUUGCUACCACUACAACCAAGGCUGGACAUGGCUAAUACUUUUUGGAAGAUCAUAGGAUAGAAGCAUUGUUCAUUUGCCCUUAUGUACCCAUUUGGUUCUGUCCCCUCCCCGCACUGUACUGUUAUCUCUGGCUAUACAGGUUUUUCUUUUAUUUCAGUGCACUUAAGACUGCAAAAUCAGGGAACUGUGAGAGCAGGAUGUUUGUGCACAGGAGUCCGCAAAUGUCUGACUCGGUGGAGGCUAGUCCAUUAGGGCAAGCGUGGCACUGUCCCACCAGCCUCUGCCUGGUUCAGUCCAGGGCCACCAUGUCUGCUUCUUAUUUACAACCAGUCCUAGUGGCAGCAGUGGCAGUCAGCUUCCUUCUCCUUAGUCUCAAUGUUUAUUUUCAUUUUAUUUACUUACUGUGUUUAUUUGUUUCUUUUUCAAAAAAUGAAGCAAAGCACUCGAAGCGAUGCAAUAGGGUAAAACAUCCUAAAUUACACAAGUCAGUCUCUCUCUCUCUCUCUCUCUCUCUCUCUCUCACACACACACACACACACACACACACAAAUCCAACUUCACCCCACUGAAAGAUAAGGAGAAAGUUAAUAUCUAAGGGCCAGGGUGAAAAAAAUGCUUUCGCCUGGUGCCUAAAAGAACUAGAGGUGGUGCCAGGAGUGGGUGGUUGUUCCUACCCGUUAAAGGAUGUUGAAUGGCUUAUACUCCAAAUUCACAUCUUCCUAUCCUUCACCUAGGAAACAUUGGGUACAACAGGUGUGUGGGUGUUUAUUGUCAGCAAAUCUAGAAACUUGGUGUUUGUCACUUGGCCAUUUUCCCAUUAAUGCCAGGGUUGCCUCUCUGCCUGCCAGUUUGCAAUUGUCACCAGACAAUGAAGUCGCUGCUCACCACUGCCUCUGCUAUCAGUGCUUACCUGAUAUGUUAGAGGAGCUGCUUGAAUUGACUCAAAAGCCAGGCUUUUCUCUAUGGUAACCAAAUUCACUAUAACAGCAAUAGUAUUGACCUGGAGUUUUUGGAUUGGUAGGGGAGGGCACCUAGAUUUCUCCCCCUCUAUCCCAAGUAAUGGUUUGUGUUGCAAACACUGCAGGGUGGGUAACCUAUUCCUUUCCAGAUAUUGUUAGACUACACCCCCCAUCACUCCAGACCAUUGGCCAUGCUGGCUGGGACUGCUAGGAGCUGGAGUUGAACGAUGUCAGGAGAAAUGCAGGUUAGCCUCCCCUGCUGUGUGUCUUAGAGGGAGUUUGACUGAAUUCAGUCUGGGUGCUUUCCCCUCCCAACAGAUGAAUAGUGCUAUGAUAGCAUAGCCCAAGCCAAAUGCUGCAAACAUAGCAGGAGGCCUUGAUCGUUAAGAACCAUUGAUCUAGUCUUCAAUUGGUGGGUCGGGAUCCAUUAGUGGGUUGUGGCCUGACCCAAGGUGGGUCACAAUAGGAGCACUACCACCAUGCAAAUGAAAGAUUAAAAAAUGAGUCUUCCAAUGCAUGUUUGAGUUAAAAGCAGGUCCUGUGUCUGAAAUGGUUGGAGAUAUUUGAUCUAGUAGAAUAGUAGACCAAAUAGGAUUAGCAGCCAGGUGCUGCUGCUCCCCUCCCCUCCCAGGGAGUGGUAGGAAUACCUUUACCAACACUGUUUCCUUCAGAAUGUCACAAUGGCAUAUAAACAAAGAUAAUUGAUGAGAAUGGCCAUCCAAGUAAAAGAGCCUGUAUUUCACCAGCCAUAGAUCUCCUCUUGGAUCUCCUUUGCCCAUGAAAAGGGAGGAAGUAGGCCUAAUGGCUUCUAAUAGCCAGUGAUUGACUUCUAGAAUGGAAAGUACCAAGAUUCAGGUCUCUGCUGACUAAGAAACUCCUCUUCUUCCUCAUUCUGGUUUUGUGAGAGCUGGUUUUGAUUCCUCAGUGGCAAGAAAGGCAAACUAUGUAUUACUAUUCUUGGCAUAGUUAUUCCUCCAAAUACCACUAGGUGCUGCUAGCAGGGCUUAAUAUGUUCCAAGGUUCCUCAGAACUCUGUACUUUAGCAAUAGAGGGAAGGCAGUGACUUCUAUUGAUCGUGUGGAAAGUGCCACUUCCUGUAAGCACUCAAAGCGCUUUACCGGCUAUAUAUCUGUGAUCCUUACAACAAUCCUGUAAAAUAGGUUAGUGGUAUUAUUUCCAUAUUGCAACAGGAAAGUUGAGGCUCAGUGAGCUCACUUGCCUAAAGUCACCUAGGGAGUCCUAUUUCUAAGGCAAGUUUUAACCGCAAGUUCAAUAAUAUAUUAAUAUGUACAGUUUAUGUAGCUGUUUGCUUUUGCAAGUGUUCAAAGUGCUUCUUGUUUAUUGUUUUAUCCCAUGUUGCAAAUUGAAAAGGGGGGGGGGUGUAGUUGCUGAAGUUGGGAGAGGCCAUCUUUCCUUAAGGCCAUUUAGUGAGUUCAUGGCAGAGGUGAGGUUUGAGCCCUGGACUUCCUGAUUCACAGCUCCAUCUCUUAGCUACAAUGCUGCAGUUGACUAGGAUGGAAACUUUCUAUGGUGGCUGUAAUAGUUCUGUUUUUCAUCGCAGAGCCUCGAGUGAAUCAGCCCCCUGUGGCCAUUGUGUUACCCCAGUUCCUGGAGAUCUCACUACCAACUACCUCAACAGUCAUUGAUGGCAGCCGUAAGUACCUACUAAAACUAGUGCAAUCUAUUCCUGCAAGCCUCAGAUAAAAGUCAUGGAGGAGACCGAGUGAGACUGUCUAUUAAGGAAUGGGAUUCUAGAGGAAUGUGGCUGAUGUAUCAUUAGGAUCAGUUCAAAUCAUGCACUGGCUGUGGGCACAUCUACAUGUACAUUUGUAGCUACUGGUCUUCACUGCCAAAUGCAUUAGUUAAACUAGGGCAGCCUCAACUCAGUACAAGGAAAACAUCUGCCCACUGGACUUGUUUAAACAUAUGAAGCUGCUCUGCACAGAAUCAGCCUUCUGGUCCCUUUAGCUCAGGGCUGGGGUAUCUUUUUCAGCUUAAGAUCUGCAUUCCCUUCUGAUAACCUUCUGGGGGCCACAUGCCAGGGGUGGGCAGAGCUAGAGGCAAAAAUAAGCAGAGCAAUAGACAUGUGUUUUUCCUUUGUACAGUUGGCUAGUGUCCCCCCCCCUUUCUCCAGGCCAGCAAGAAGCAGUUUUAGAGUUCAGUGACACAUUCUAGCAGAGCAAACUCAAGGAGAGUGCAAAGCCACUCUAAUGAGGGGGUGGCAGAGGAGGGGGCCAGAUAGAGAGGCUUGGAAGGCCACGUUUGGCCCCCCCAGUGUGAGGUUUCCCAUCCCUACUUUGGCUUAUUCUUGUAUUACUGAUAGUGGCUCCCCAGAAUCUCAGCCCUUCUACCUGAGACUUUUUUUGCUGCAGUGAUGUGGGAUAGACUCUGGGACCUUUACAUUAAUGGUGCAUGGAUUCUACCAGUGUGUUCAUUCCUAUUUUCAUUCAGCAAUCCCAUUUCUGGGGAAUAUCAUUCAUAUUUUAAAUACUCUUUCUUUUAUCACAUGGCACAUUAAGCAUAGCUUCACAGUUUAAAAAUAAAAUUAACUCUUGUCCCUUGUGAAAGUUGCUAUACUGGUAGUAUGGCCUUAAGCUACUUUGUAAAUAGAUUUAAAUUCCUCCUGAACUUACUGGGAAUGUGGCUUUAUCUGUUUUCAUUGAAUCAGACAGUACUGAUGAUGACAAAAUAGUCAGUUAUCACUGGGAAGAAUUGAAGGGGCCUCUACGGGAGGAGAAGGUAUCGGCAGACACUGCGAUUCUGAAACUGACCAAUCUGGUGCCAGGAAAUUACACAUUCAGGUAAGACAAAGAACCUGGGAUCAUACCUCUGGUUUGGAUUUUCUAGAUCUAAAGCAUAAGAUAGAUGACACAAACCUUGGUAUGUUAAACAGCUAGAUAACCCUUUGUUCACGUGAGCCAAGGAAAACAAUGUAUCAGCUAACAGGAUGAAAUGGUGAAAUCUGCUAUGAUUAAAUGGGCACAGGAUGUUGGACAUAAUAUUAUGUUUGCUGACUGGGAACAGUUAUGGACCACAGGUAUGAAGUUUACGGCAUGUAAUGCCCUAAGAGAGAAUAUUAUGAAAAUGAUAUACAGGUGGUACAUAACCCCAGUCAAGCUUGCAAAAAUCUACCAUUUGCCUGAUAAUAAAUGUUGGAAAUGUAAAGAAACUGAAGGUACAUUCUUUCACCUUUGGUGGACGUGCCCAAGGAUUAAGGUUUUCUGGGAGAUGAUUUAUAAUGAAUUAAAAAAGGUAUUUAAAUAUACCUUCUUGAAGAAACCAGAGGCCUUCCUCCUGGGCAUAGUCGACCAAUCGGUGUUUUUUUUUUUUUUUUUUUUUUUUUAAUAUUUUAUUAAGGAUUUUCUUGUUUUACAGAAGUGUAGUGCCUCGUAUUUUUUUUUCCCAUGUAACAUUUUUACAAAUCCGUUUCAUUUGUUGAGGCAUUAGGGGGAGAAGAAAAAAAAAGAAAAAAGAAAAAGGGGGGGUGGAGAGAGGGAAGAUGGAUGGGGGUGGGGUCGGGUGGCGGUGUUUCUAUUAUGUUUAAUGUAUGUAGAGUUUGGUGUCAGCGUUGCUUGUGUUGUUCACUUGUGUUCCUUUGGUGGUGAGAGAGGUUGGGGUUGGCCUAGGGUGUGAUUGUUUGCUUGUGAUUGGCUGUGGUGAUCUUUGUUUUCGUGUGUGAGUGAGGUGGGUGGGUGUUUUGGAUCAGGUUAGCCAUAUUGAUUUGUAUGCUGUUGGUGGAUUAUUGUCAUUGUCCUGUUGGGCUGUGUAUGUGAUAAAUGGGAGCCAUACCGGGUGAAGGCGUCUUCUUCUGUUUGUCCCCGUGUCAGUUUCAGUUUAUUAGUUAAUUUUUCUAGUAGGGCUGUUUCCCAUACUAUUUGGUACCAUUGGUCCAUGCUUACUCCUGACAGGUCUCUCCAGUGUCUGGUUAUGGUGUUUCUGGCUGCUGAGAGCAGGUGGGUUAUGAGUUCUUUGUGGUGUAAAUGGGCAUUGUUGUCUUGGAAGAUGUUUAGUAGGGCCAAUUCUGGGGUGAUGUCUAUUACUUGCUUAGUUAUUUUACAUAUUUCUUGUAUGGCUGUUGUCCAGAAUAGUUGGAUUUUGGGACACUCCCACCACAUGUGGAGGUAUGUGCCUGGAGAGGGUGCACCUCCACAGCAUUUUGGUGAGGUUCCUGGGUGUAUUAGCGCUAGUUUCCUUGGUGUUAGGUACCACCUGUAGGUGAGUUUCAGUGUGAGUUCUUUUCUUUUCGUUGAUAUGGAUUUAAAGGGGGGUUUAGACCACAUUCUGGUCCAUUGAGUGGGGUUAAUCUCAUAACCUAUGUCAUUCUCCCAUUGUUUUUUGAUUGCGUCUAGGGGAUUUACAGGAUUUUGGAGUAGUAUUUUGUAUAUUGCGGAUACCGUCCCUUUACCGUUUCCCUUUGUUGUUAGGAGGAGGUUUUCGAAGGUUGUCAGGGGCCCAGUUGCUGCGGAGUUUCCGGUGGGGGUGUUUAAGAGGGCAUGACGUUGGUGGUGUGUUAACCAGGGCAUUUGGGUGUCUUCUAGUUUGUCUUGUAUUUCUUGUGUUGACAAGGGUUUGUUAUUUUUAUAAAGUCUAUUAGGCGAUAUAAGCCUUUGGUUCGCCAGGUUUUUAUCUUGAGGUUUUGUGCUGCACGGUGGAAUAAUGGGUGGUACGCCAGGGGGAUUAGUGGGGAUGGGGUUGGGGAUAGUUUGCCUAUUUGUGUUUUCCAUGCUUUGAGCAUGGUCUGUGUGUACCUGUUAAGUGUUGUGGGAAUUUUCUUUAGUUUGUUUGGGAGGAGUGGGUAUGUUGUGGUGCAGGUGUUUUCAAUUGUGUCCCUCUCUAGGUGUACCCAUUGUUUUGUCUCAUCUUCUAGUAUAUAUGGGAUUAUGUGGCGUAUUUGGUUGGCAUUGUAAUAUGCUUCUAUGUUGGGAUUCCCAUCCUCCUUCUGAGGUGGGGAGGUGCAGGUAUUUGGGGCUUAUUCUUGGUUUUUUAUGUGAGAAGAUGAAAGAGUGUAGUUUUCUCUGCCAACUGCGAAGUUGGGUUGAGGGGAUCCAGAUUGGGAGGGUUUGGAAUAGGUAGGUUAGUUUUGGGAGUGUGAUCAUUUUGAUCAUGGCUAUUUUGUCUGAGAGAGUGAAGUUCAUGUUAUUCCAUCUCUUUAGGUCUUUGUUAAUUUGUCGCCACAGGGGCUUGUAGUUGUGGAGGUACAAUUUAUUGAGGUUUCUGGUUAUUUGUACCCUAGGUAUCUGAACUUGGUGUGGCAAAGUUUUAUUUUGGUGACCUUCGUGAGUUCUUUUUGGGUGUGAGGAGGGGUGUUGAAGCACAUAGCUUCUGACUUUGUAAAAUUUACCUGUAGGCCCGACACCAUUGCAAAUGUGUUGAGUUCUCUGAUUAGGGAGGUUGCUGUGCUUAUGGGGUCUGGUGUUGUGACCAUUAGGUCAUCUGCAAAGAGCCCUAAUUUAUAGGUUCUGCCUUUUAUUUCCACUCCCUUGAUGUCUGUGGCUGCUCGGAUGCGGAUUGCUAGGGGUUCCAGAGCCAGGAUAAAUAAGAAGGGAGACAGUGGGCAUCCUUGUUUCGUGCCUCUUUGGAUAGCUAUAGUGUUAGAAUCCAUAUUGUUAGUUCUGCAUUUUGCUGAGGCUUGGGAGUAUAUUUGUUUGAGGAUUUGUAGGAAGUUGGGGCCAAAUUUCAUGUUAGUUAGUACUGCUAAUAUGUAUUUCCACUCCAAGCAAUCAAAGGCUUUUCGACCAAUCGGUGUUAAAGAAGGACAGAACUUUCUUUAUGUAUGCCACAACAGCAGCAAGAAUACUUAUUGCAAAGCAUUGGAAGACACAAGAUCUACCCACACUGGAGGAAUGGCAGAUGAAAAUGAUGGACUAUAUGGAAUUGGCGGAAAUGACUGGCAGAAUCCGAGACCAGGGAGAAGAGUCGGUGGAAGAAGAUUGGAAGAAAUUUAAAGACUACUUACAGAAAUAUUGCAAAAUUAAUGAAUGUUAGAAUGAUGACGGAUUGAAGUUAAGCGGUUUCUAGCGGUAAUGGUAUAAAAGAAUAUGGAAAAAUUGGUUUUUAAUAUCUAAAAAUUUAAUGUUAUAAUAUAUCAAGAUUAAAGAUCAGAAUUAAAUAGGAGGGAAAGGAAUCGCUGGACUAACAAAUUGAAUUAGAAUACAAAAGAGGGAGGUAUGAGGAGGUCCGGGAAACAAGUAAAUGUAAAAGAAGUGAUGAAAAGAUGGAAUUGUUUUUAACUUUUUUUUUCUUUUUUGUACUUUGUAUUUUGUAUUUUUCUUUUUUACUGUCAAAUUUCUUAUUAAUGUGAUCUUUUUCUUUUGAAACUUUAAUAAAUAUCAUUUUUUUAAAAAAAACAAUUUACAAAACAAACCAGCAACAACUUUUUGCUACCUAGUCACAUUUUAUAGUUUCCCUGACCAUGGAGGUUGAGGUUAUUGCUAUAUUCAUAAAAUUGUAAUCUCCCAAUUUAAACUGUUAUGUGUGACUAGACAGCUAAUGUGAAUUGGGGGCGGGGAGAUAGUGGAAGGAAUGCAUGUGCCAUAGAGCAGAGCUUAUUUUGCCCCCAGCUCUAAACCAUUUUUUUCACCCUCUCUCAUUAUAAAAAUAGGAUCUGGCAUAUAACUAUUGAAUAAGUCACUGUGAUUUUAGUCGGGGAUAAAAGGUUCAGGAAUAAAUUGAUUAUUCUAAGGCCCAUCUGAAAAUGAAUAUAUUGGGUAAGGAUAUCUUUAGAUGAGUUUCCUUUAUAAAAGGUUCAAGGUAGCUCAAGAAGAGUUCUCCUGUAAUAAUUCAAUUUUCUUUUGGUUUAGUGUAGCCGACCUCAGCUUUAUAGUUAUGGAAUGAGGGUGAUUCUGUGUGUGUCUGCCAUUUGCUUCAUAGUUGAAAUAUUCAGUAGGUUGAAAAAUGAAAUUGUAUUUGCUAAGCCUAGCAAAAAAUCGUUUUUAGUAUACUCCAUGGUUAAACUGUGUGUCUCAGCUUUGUGUUCUCUCCCUGGGAAUUGGGGAGCCAGUAAAGUGCUUCAUCCUCAUUCAGACAAGUUUUUUGGGUACCCAGAGAGUAAAUUGUGGUUGAGUUGGUCCUCCCCAAUCCCCCUGCUGCCACACUAGCCAGACCUAAGCUGUGGUUUGGCUUAGUGUUAUGUGUGAAUCUGAGCUUGCGUUUUGCCUUCUCAAAACAAAUCACAAGUGGUCAGCCUUGGUUACUGCUUGGGUUUUGGUUGGGAGCAAGACAAGCCCAAGAGCUCAGGUGUGCAUGUAAUGCUCAUCCAACCCAUGGCUUAGCCCUGGGUUGUGUAGCAGCAGGAAGACCUGGAGAAGGGAAAAGCAGCUGCGAGUUUCCUUCUGGGUAUCCACACACCUGCUUGUUCUUUCUAAGCCAGUGUGGCUUAGCAUUAUGUGUGAACUGGGUUCUUUCCUCCUCUAAAGGUCUGUUUCCUCGGUUUCUUUACCAAUGAUUUUAAAUAAUUAAUGACUUGCACAGCCCCUAUUACAAGCCUGUUUUUAAGAAGGGGAAGAAGUUGGGAGUGUGCUGUACAGCAAAUGAUCCAAAUUCUGGUUGUAAAGAUUUUUGUGCUUUUACUUGUGAAGUCUGCACAUGCAUUUGAUUAUCUCAGUUGCUAAGCUCUCUCUCGCUCGCUCUCUUAAUCCUUAGGAAGAGAGUUUUGUUAAUGCAUUUAGAGAGUCUUUUAAACAGAUAUUUUGGCUUCAACAGUGAAUACCAGCUUUUAAAUUGGUUUAAUUGCAAGCAGGACUGUGGGUAGCCUCAUUCUAUUAUUUUUUAUGUUUUUCCAGCUUGCAGGUCCUAUGUGGGUGACAUUGGAUGAGAGCAAUUACAGAACCCACUAGCAUAUAAUAUGAAAUUGUCUGAACUGUAAAUUAUGUGUUUCCCUCCUGUCCACACAGCCCCAGCAAAUUAUGACAGGCUAUUCAUGCAUAUUGACCUUAUCAGCAGUAAUGAGGCCAGGAGAGAUACACAUAUGAAGUUGUCAGACUGUUGGUCCAUCUAGCACUGCACUGCAUACUUUGACCUGAGAUCCUUUUAACUGCAGAGCUUGAUGGUCAUCCUGAUUGGGACCCAUUAGACACAAAGCAUGGGCUCUGCUACUAACCUAUGGCCCUUAUAAAGAGAGCUUCUGGAUGAGGGGCUUUAGUGUUAUCAUUGCUGCUUCAGUUCCAAGCCUUUUCCUUGCCAUGUGGCUCCAACCUCCCCUUUCCCCCAUCUGUAAAUGGAAAUAAAUGACAGAGAGACUCUGUGGAAAUGUUUGUCACACAGUUCGCUAAUUAACAGUGCUUUCCCAAGGAGCACUUAAUACGUUACUGUAGGGCCACUUCUCAUACAGUAUGUUAGAGGUAAACAAAAGGAAGUAACGAGAAAACAACUUGGCCUGUGUAACUCAUUGUCACAGGAUGUUGUGAUGAUAUCCAUUAGCAUACAAGGUUUUUUAAACACGGAUUCAGUUGACUCAUUAAAUAGGAGCUACUAAAUGUGAGUGGCAGAAGACUGACAUGACUUUUCAGAGGCAGAAUACUUCCCACAGUCAGACUUCAGCAAUAAUGGGAUAGAUACAGCCAUUCUUUGUUUUUGUGAACUUGCCUAAAGCACACUAGGCAGACAAAACGCAGUUUACUGGUCAGAGCCAGUUCUCUUAUUUGUUUAGCCAUUGCCUAAGAGAGAGCUGGUUACACUCAUCACUUGAUCCCUGGCACAUGUGAAUGGGUUGCCUCAGAUAUAAACCACACAUAUAACUUUCAGUUUACCUGCUUUUCAAUGGAAUGAAUUCAUAAUUUCAGCCACUAGUUAUCCUGUGUAGAGAAAUUUUAUUAUGUCAUGUGUGAUUUUGCCUGAAUAAUUUAUCCAUGUGAAAAGAGGCUCUUCAGAAAAGCUAAAAAAUGAUAUGUCUAAUCAUUUUUUUAAAAAAUACAGUAUUUGGGGAAAAAAGUACAUUAUUCUUACAUGUGUAAAACCAGUGCUCUGUCAAAAAUAGGUUACUAUUGGUGAAUGAAUUCUCAACUCGGCAAGAGUGAGAGAAGAUUUUUAAAAAUAAACUUUUUGGGUCUGUUUGACACAGCUUUCAGUUUAUUUAUUAAAGGUGAUUUUUGUACCACUUUAUAAAAUAAUAUUUUAAGGUAUAUGGCAAAAUAAAAUACACAAACAUUACAAAAAUCUACAAUAAAACCAUCAUUAUUUGUGAAUAGACUUUGAGUCUGUAAAUGUGUAUCUGGCAUUGUGAUUUCUUUAUUUUCUUGUUAUAAAUAUGGAUGUGUUUGAAUAUAGUUGCAUGUUGUAAAUUUGUUUAAAAUAGCAUCACAUUUUGAUAUUUGCAUGUUUCCCUCCUAGUUGUUCCAGGCAUCUGUCUCCCCACCCCACCCCGCCCCAGGUUUAUACAUAUUCAGCUUAAACCAUUACUUUUCUUCCCUUCCCUUUGGGGCCGGUGGGGGGAGAUUACUACUCAUUCUCUGCCAGUGGCUUCCUUUGAGCUUUUCCCUUUCUGUACUGAUCUUUGAAUUCUCUUCCUUCCUUCCUCUUCAGCCUCACCGUGGUGGACUCGGAUGGUGCCAGCAACUCCACCACUGCCAGCCUGACUGUGAACAAAGCUGUGGAUUACCCACCCGUAGCGAAUGCAGGCCCUAACCAAGUUAUCACUCUGCCCCAAAACUCCAUCACCCUCUAUGGGAACCAGAGCACAGAUGACCACGGCAUUGUCAGCUAUGAAUGGUCCCUCAGCCCCAGCAGCAAAGGGAAAGUGGUAGAGAUGCAGGUAAGAUCUUGGGGCUCCGUCUUGAGAGGAGUCAACACACUUUAAUAAACAUUUCCUAUUAUGUUUAAGUUCAUGUAAAUCAAUUUGUUCAAUCACUGUAAACACCUCUGACCCAACAAUUACUUAUCUAAUCAUCAUUUUAAAAAUACAAUGUGUGUGUUCAAACAUUGUACACCUAGUAAUUUUGUGAGAGCAUGUCCCUUCUGUCAUGUCUGGCGGCUAAUUUUGUUGCUGAGCUUAGUUUGCUGUAUGCGCUUUGGGUACAUGCUCUUUCUAUGUGUCAUUUAUUAAGUUCUGUUGGAUUUCUAGUAUUAUCCUUCUAGCCCACAGCAGUCAGCCUGAUGUAUAUCAAAAAGCCCACACACAGGACAUGAGGGCAGUAGCACUCUCCCACCUCUUCCCCCCAGUAUCUGAUAUUCAGGAGCAUGCUGCCUUUGAUCCUGGAGGUGUUAUGUUGACAUUGUGACUAGUAGUUCUUAGCAUUUUUCUUGGUCAGUUUGUCUAAUCCCCCUUUCCCAACCUGGCAGCCACAACUUGUGGCAGUGAUUUCCCUAUCUGUUGUGUAAAAAUAAAUAAAUGCAUUUAUAUAAAAUUGCUUAUAUCACACUCUUCAAAGUAGCUUACAAUAAAACAAUAUUCCUGAUUCCUGCAUUGCAGGGGGUUUGCCUAGUUGUCCCUCGGGGUCCCUUCCAACUCUACAAUUCUAUGAAGAAGAGUCAGUUUGGUGUAGUGGUUUGCAUGUUGGACUAAGACCUGGGAGACUAGGGUUCAAAUCCCCAUUUGUCCAGCGUCAUCUUGGGCCCAUCACUGCCUCUCAGCCUAACCUACCUCACAGGGUUGUUGUGGGGAUUAAACGAGGGGGGACCGACCACGUACACCACCUGCAGCUCCCUGGAGAAGAAGGUAGAGGAGAAUUGCAAUAAAUAAAUAAACAAAGUAUGCACAAAAGUGUGAUUAAAAGUUGUAACUGCUUUCCUAAACCCAAGCAGUGAAGAAGCAAUGCCAGUUUCCUGGCCUGGAGUUCCAGAGGCAAGAGGCUGCUGCAGAAAAGGCUGUUUUGCGUAUUGGAACCUUAAUAGCUGAGGGGACAGUGAAGAGCUCAAUUCUUAGACAGGAUUGUAUGGUGGAUAGUAGUCCUUCAUUAGAUGAUCCUGGGCUCCAGUGUUACAAAAAAGGGAGGAAAAACUCCCUGUUCCAGGCAUAGUAGCCAGCAUGGUGCCUUCCAGAUGUUGGUGGGCUACAAUUCUCACUGGCCAUGCUGACUAGGACUCAUGGGAGUUGUAGUUCAGCAUCAUCGGGAGGGGGCAUGUUGGCUAUCUAUGCCCCUUACAGUCAUACCUCGGGUUAAAGUUGCUUCAGGUUGAGCAUUUUCGGGUUGUGCUCCGCGGCGACCCGGAAGUAACGGAAUGCAGUACUUCUGGGUUUCGCCGCUUGUGCAUGCGCAGACACUCAAAAUGAGGUCAUGCGCAGAAGCGGUGAAUUGCGGCAUGUGCAGAUGCGGGUUGCGUUCACUUCAAGAUGCGAACAGGGCUCCAGAACGGAUCCCGUUCGCAUCCAGAGGUAUCACUGUAUUUACUUUCUCCUGGUUCUGCAUGACCUACACAUCUCUUUCUUGUCCCAUCUUUUGUUUUUUCAAAACCAAAAAAACCCCAAGCAUCUAAAGGUAGAUAAAUUACUGGAUGGUUCCAAGGCAUAAUUGGAGGGCACAUAUUGCAGCAACCUUGUGGAAGCCAACCACAUCUGGGGCUGGUCAGUAGCUAGAUAGGAGAUGCCCCAUGUAUCCUCUAAAUAAUUUUAUUUCUUUCACAAAAUGUAUAAACCACUUGAUUGUUUAAAAAACUCCACCUGAAACUGGUUUAUAUAACUUUGCAAUGAGUGGUGCCUUUCUUAAGCCUCCUUUUAUUUUCUUUCUUUGUGAAUGAGGACUUAAAUUCUUGGUAUUUGUUGUUUCCAAGGGAGUGAGGACUUCAACUCUGCAGCUCUCUGCAAUGCGUGAAGGUGACUACACCUACCUGCUGACGGUGACGGAUUCUGCUGGCCACCAGUCCACUGCUGAGGUCACAGUGAUUGUGCAACCCGGUACGCUUAAUAAGGGUUUUUGUGUGUUAAACUCCCCCCAUUAAAUAUGAGAAGCCUGUAUUUGACAUUAAUAUAUUUGGGACCAGGGUUAAGAGGGAUGAAGAGAUAGUGACUGCAUACACAGACAUUUAAAGCACAUGACCCCCCCCCAAAAAAAAAUUAUCCUGAGAACUGUAGUUUAGCCAUCAAAGAGAUAUAGUUUCCAAACCCCUUAAGAAAACCCUUAACAAAGUUCCCAGGAUUAUUUGGGAGAAGUCAUGUGUUUUAAAUAUAUGGUGUAUGUGCAGCCAGUGUGUGGGGCUGAUGGAGAGCAGCUGGUUUUCUCUUGAACCUAGAUAAAUGUCUGGUAGCUAAUCAUGUCCAACACUGGGACAAUCUGAAAAUAAGCCAGCUGCUCUUCUAGACAGGCCAUGAUCCAGACAAAAGAACAUAUGUAUAGGUACCAUUGAUUUCAACCAUUGAGACCAGUGGGUACUCCAAAGCACGUAACUUUGGAUCAUUCCCUUUAUUUAUUUUUUGUAAAGCCUAUUUUCCCCAAAUAGCAGUGCCACCCACUCCCUUCAAUUUCAAACACAGCUUGCUGUACAGCACAGAUAAUUGCUAUUCAGGAAAAAGCAAAAAGUCAAAGGCUCUGCUGGACCAAGCAGAAAGCUAGUCUUGCAGUUUUCUGGAUUGUAUGCCCUUUGAUUUGUGUGGUGCUAUGAAAAUGUCAGCCUGAUUUCUGAGUCCUGUGAGCUUCCAUUUUGUGAAGAGACACAAACCUAUUGUCAAACUGAUCCAGAAUGGAAGACACUGCAAUUUUUAAGCUGGGGGAAAUCUCUUGUGGUUAAGAUCUCCACCGCCACAUGUCUUAACUAGAUUUCCUGCUUAAUCAGAUUUCUUAAACACUGUUUGAAUCUGGCAGAGAGCAUAUAAUUCUGUGGCCCACUCACCUUCUUUUAAUCAUUGACUAUGCUGUUGCAUAUGCAUUGGCCUUAGUGUGUGAGGAGUGUUAGGAUGCUUCCAAGCAAGUGGUUGCUAGUAAUACCUAAUCCAGGUAUGGGGAACCUUUGACCUUCCAGCUGCUCCUCAACAGCAACUCCCAUCAGCCCCAGCAAGCAUGCCCAGUGGCUAGGGUUGACAGAAGAUUCCCCAUGCCUGGCUUAAUAAUUGCUCUUCUAUUGUUAGCUUUAUAUUUGACUUUCUUUAGCAAUGUUUUAUUUUGAAAUCUUAAAGAUAAUGUUUUAUUUUGAAAUCUUAAAGAUAAUGUUUUAUUUUGAAAUCUUAAAGAUAAUGUUUUAUCUUCAACCACUUUGAUUUUUUCCCCUUAAAAAUAUAAAGCGGUCUAGAAAGGAAAUGAGGGAAUAGAUAAAUAAGCUACAAACACAAUUGUAAUUGGAUUCCUAUAGUUUGUGAGCUGUGCAUCUUCCACACUACUUGGUGUGAUAAAGCCAUGUAGAUGGAGAAAGGACCGUUUAGUUGAGCAUGCAGGGUAGUUGUAUUGUGUGGUUGGGGUUUUUUUUUCCAUUUUUCUGCUAAGCCUUUCUUAUUUAGGCUCUACUAUGUCAUUACUUUAAUUUUUUUAAGGCUAAAAAUUAUCUUAAUGCUAAUUAAAUGUGUUGGAGCAGGGACACUGCUAAAAUGAUGCUGACCACAAUAUUUUGAAGUUAAUCUUGCACUAACAUUCUUUUUCGUUAAUGUGGAUAUAGAUUGUUUUAGUGCAACUUAAAAAAUAAGCAUGCUGAUAAAAUGACACUAACUGAAAAGCUAAUAGUGAAGAUUUAACGAAGUAUGAAUGCAUGGCAAUAGGUUUUCCAGCCUAAUAUGUUAUUGCCAAAGUCAAAACCACACCCCUUUAAAAAAAAACCCUGAAGGGUUUCAUGUAGGCAGUCUAUGCCUAUAGAGAUUUUGGUGCUGUUGUAAUCUUGGUACACACACUGAUUAGAUUUCCUGAAGUCUGAAAAAAAGAUAGGAAAAGUACGGGGGGAAACACAGGACAAUAACAGUAUAAUGACUAUAUCAUAUAUAUGCCUCAUAGAAAAUGAGUGAACAAAGCAUGGCAUUUCCAGGGUACCCUUCUAGUGUGGGAACGUCCUUGGUUCUGUUUCACUGAGGGUUUAUGAAGGUUUUGUAGUUCAGAGGUUAACACAGGUCCCAGGUUUAGUUCCCAAUCUCUGUGAUUAAAGGCUCUCAAGGAGGAAGCUGGAGAAUGCCCCUGCCUGACAUCCUGCAGAGCUGUUUCCAAUCAGCAGAGGUAACACUGGGCUAGAUGGACUUGCUUCAAGGCUGCUUUGUAUAUUCAUGUGAACUAUGCUUGUCUGUCACCUUCCACAUAAGCAUCCAGUUCCUUUCAAGAGUGCCUUUAUAUCUCUCUUUUUAUGAACUUUUGCUCAGAAAACAAUAAGCCUCCCAAGGCAGAUGCUGGUCCAGACAAAGAACUAACUCUGCCUGUGGACAGCACCACUCUGGAUGGCAGCAAGAGCUCAGAUGAUCAGAAGAUUGCAUCCUUCCUUUGGGAAAAAACACGGUACAUUUCUCUGUCUCCCUCUUGCAUACACAUGACCUUGCACAUGAUAAUGCAGAACUAUGCUGUAUCAUACCCUAACAUGCAUAGUGCAUGUAGAAUCUUAAAAAACCAAACAAAACCACUAUUAUCCAGGCCAGCCUAACCCAGCAGGCAGUAGCUGUGCCUCCUUAAGAUGGGAGAAUUCAAGGGCUCCCAACUAAUCAAAUUGGGGCGGGGGGGGGGGGAGGAAUUGUGCCCCCGCCUAGUUUUCCUAUUUACACCUCAUUUCCCCUGUAUUCCAUACAAGUGAAUAGGGGGAAAGCUUUUUCAUUCCAUUCACUUGUAUGGAAUAGAGAAGAGGGGCUGUAAUCAGGAACAGGAAUGGAAUAAUCUCUCAAUUUCAGUUUGCUCAUUUUCCCACGUUUCUUCAGCAAGUUGUGAAAUUUUGUUUUUUUAAAAAAUCCUCAUGAAACUAAAGCUAAAUCCUCAGUAUUUUAGCAUGAAUUUCCCCCUUAAAAACCACAUUUUUGCAUACAGUUUUGCAUUUUUGUAUGCUACUUUCACUAAUAUAUUGAUUUUUAUGCAUACUGUCCUCUAAUAUUUGCAUUUUUGUGAACAUUCUUUGGUUUGAGAACUAGGUUGCAAAAUUUGAAUGUCUGCGGAUUUUGAUGGAUGUCUGUGUUUCAGUUCUCAUAUUGUUUUGGAAAGUGUGAAUUGGACAGAUUUGGCAUUACAUGAGAACUGAAGAGAAAGCAGUACCCUAUCCCUGUAAUAUACAACAAGAUACAGGGAAGAAUAAAAAAUGCUUUGCCUACAGCACGAAUUAUCUUGGUCUAGCCCAGUGCACCUGGGAGCCUAGCAUCUUCGCAGAGUGUUCAAAGAAUAUUCCUCUUCUUUUCUGUGCAAAAGUUUGACAUCUGCAUGCUGAUUCUUUUGGGGCUUUUUGCCAGGGGCCCAGAUGGUGUGAAACUGGAAAAUGCCAACAGCAGCAUCGCCACAGUCACUGGGCUUGAGGUCGGGACGUACGAAUUCACGCUGACUGUCAAAGAUGAGCGGAACUUGCAGAGCCAGAGCUCCGUUAACGUCAUUGUCAAGGAAGGUGGGUAGCUGGAGGGAACACAGCCUUUGGCUAAGAAGACUCCAUGUAAGGAAGCUCUUCUAUUCAUUGCAAUCCCUUGGUGAUGAAACAGAAGGUAAUAUGGUCUGGGGUGAUAAGCAGUGGUGGAGUAGGACGAGGGAGACAUGGGCUGAAAUUCCUUCUUGCGCCAGAAAGCUUACAGGGUGGUGAUGGGUCAGUAACCAUAUCUCAGCCUUCCCCAACCUGUUACAACUCCCAUCAGCCCCAAACAGCAUGGCUCUGCUGGCUGGAGUGAUGGGUUGCAGUCCAAAACAUCUUGAGAGCAACAUGUUGGCCAAGGCAGGGCUAGCUUAACCUCACUGGAUUGUUGUGAGGUUGUUGUGUGAUAGCCCUUGUUUAGCCCCCUGAGCAACUUGACAAACAUGCAGGAGAACAUUAUUCUUGUUUUCCCUCUUCAGUCAGUCUUGGAUUCCAUCACUGCCCAAACCAUGUCUCUCCAAACGGCCAGAUGAUCCCAUUUUUUUCCUGGGACUUUCUGUGAGAGAAUGAAAUCCAAGCACUAAUGCCUGUUAAAAUGCUUCUACUGUUCACUUGCAAAAUCAAGCUUUUGAAAAGAGGCUCUACAGAAAUAAAAGAGCUCUACCUGAAGGCUUCAGGAAGUUGAUCAUAAUUGCCCGUCAUUAUUACUCAUUGCUCCUUCACUACAUUUCAGUGUAUUAAAAUCUGGUUUUUAUCUUGGUUAUUCCCAUGACAACCCUGUGAGGUAUGGUACAAAUCUCCAGCCUGAAGCACACUUGGUUCUGUCAUGCCUACAUCCACUUCUCCCAGCACUUAAACGGCAGGAAGCCUGAAUCACUGAGCCAUGUGAUGCAUUUGAACUUGCCUGCUGUGCAGGUGAAGGUGGGCAGUCAGAUGAAUGUAAGAAGAAUCCUGCUGGAUCAGACGGAAGGCCCACCUAGUCCUGCUCUCUUGUCACACAGUGGCCAGCUUGAUGCCUGUGGGAAGCCCACAAGCAGUACAUGAGCAUCAUAGCACUUUCCCAUUCAUGUUCACCAGCAAAUGGUAUCCAGAGGCAUGCUGCCUCUAAUCCUGCAGGUACCAUAUAGUAAUAAUGACUGGUAGCCAUUGAUAGCUUUAUCCUCCAGGAAUGUGUCUGAUCCCCUUUUGAAGUCACCCAAGCUACUAGCUGUUGCUCAGUCUUGUAGCAAGUUCUGUCUUUUAACCAUACAUUGUGCAAAGUUCUUCAUUUUGUCUGUCCUGAUCUCCUACCUUGCAGCUUCCUUGGAUGUGUGGGGUGUGUGUGAUAUAAGUAUCUUCAUUUCAAGGUUCAGGGUAUCCUGAGGAAGGCCUCAGAUGUGGGACAGGGGCCUGUAGUGUGAGUGGAGCUCUGGAGAAAAUAGACAGAGGUGGCUUGCAUAAGCAGAACUCAACUCAUAUGCAAGCUGUUGUUGUUUAGUCAUUUAGUCAAGUUCAACUCUUCGUGACCCCAUGGACCAGAGCACGCCAGGCACUCCUGUCUUCCACUGCCUCCCGCAGUUUGGUCAAACUCAUGCACAUAUGCAAGCUACCUCCACCUAAUUUCAGCCAACUCACCACUCUCAGCGUAGAUCCCUGCCUUGCAUGCUGAGCCUUUCAGAGGGCACUGCCAUCCCUCAGCAGAGGGCAGGAAAGGGAGGAGAGCAGGAGGAGAUGGAGAAUUGCCCCUAUGCAAUAAACCCAUACAGUCCAUUGCACUUUGCCAAAGACAACCCAGUGGGCUACACAGCAGGACUUCUGACCUGGAUUUCCCAACCAGGUCACCUGGUAUUAUUAUAUUCUUCAUCAAACAUAACUAAGUGAUUAGAAUUGCUAAAGAAGAAUUAGUCAACUUUUCUUUAGUUAUGGAUGGGUUACAGUUUGCUGAAGCUCCUUUGUAUUCUGAUCCUUUGUCCUCAUUUCAUACUCAGAGAUCAAUAAGCCACCCACAGCAAAGAUAGCUGGGAACGUUGUCAUCACCCUUCCUACCAACACAGCAGAGCUUGAUGGCUCCAGAUCCACAGAUGACAAAGGAAUUGUCGCCUUCCUUUGGACUCGGGAUGACGUCAGCCCUGCGGCUGGGGUGAGUAAUGCUGCUAUCUAUUCUGCAGUGUUUACUUGUGUGCAAGUGACUCAUCGAAUUUUAGUGAAGCUUGGAAAGUGCUACAUGAGUUACUGCACUCAGCCAAGAAGAGGGAGACCGUCCAAUGUACUGAAUUUUCUUUUUCUUCAGGGCCUGCUUAAAUCUUUCUAAGACCAGUUACACAGAGGUGCUUUUUGGAGCAAAAUGCCACAGGGGAAAGCAUGUUAGUUUAUUAUAGCAAAUGCAAAGAAAGGGUUGAUAUAAUGGGAGCUAUGCCUCUGAAGUGCACUCAGUUUUGACUUAAUUUUUAAACCUCUUCUUUUGACUCAUGAACCUUUAGAAUGUCCCUGAUUUUUUCACUAUAUCAACAAGUGUGUCUUGUGACUAGGACUGCAUGUUCUUCAAUAUUCUGAAUUUUGCUGCAUGUUCUUAGAGUUCAGAUGUUGAAAGUCAAGAUAGUCUCAGUGCUUCAAAUGCUAGUGAUUCCUUCAAAGUCCUGGUUACAAAAGGGUAUCUGGAAGAAGAUGGCUUUUCUCUUAAGCUGUUCACUAAAAAAACAGCCUAGCUUGCUUCUAACUCUCCUCUGCCUAGGGGAAUCUGGUACUUGUUACGGUGAGGGAGGGUGUGAAAUGUUUCAGGAAAAUGCAGCUCUAGAAGAGAUCACCCUAGACCAGAAGUGGGAACCUGUGGCCCUCCAGAUGUUGGUAGACUCCAACUCACAUCAGCCCCAGCCAGCAUGGUCAAGGAAGAUGGGAGUUGGAGUCCAGUAACAUAUAGGAGGCUAUAGGUAUCAUACUCCUCCCCUAGGUCUCCCUGGGACCCUGCACUUCUGAUAUAUUCCCUUGUAUUUCACAGGAUUGCAAGGUGCAUCAUCACCCUUGUAUGUUUUUGUUAAAUGCAGGAGGUGUUAAAUAACUCAGACCACCAUGCGGUGCUGUUCCUCUCCAACCUGGUGGAAGGGACAUACUCAUUCCAUCUCAAAGUGACUGAUGCCAAAGGGGAAAGUGAUACGGACAGAGCCACAGUGGAAGUAAAACCUGGUGAGCUACACAUGCACAAGCACACACACUCACAUGUACUUGAUCUUCUGGAAGAGAAACUAUUGCUAAUUAAUCAUAAUAAUUAGCACUUAUAUGCACACUUUUAAAAGUAUUCAUUUAUUGAUUUUCAAUACAGUGGUACCUCGGGGUAAGAACUUAAUUCGUUCUGGAGGUCCGUUCUUAACCUGAAACUGUUCUUAACCUGAAGCACCACUUUAGCUAAUGGGGCCUCCUGCUGCCGCUGCGCCGCUGGAGCACGAUUUCUGUUCUCAUCCUGAAGCAAAGUUCUUAACCCGAGGUACUAUUUCUGGGUUAGCGGAGUCUGUAACCUGAAGUGUCUGUAACCUGAAGCGUAUGUAACCCGAGGUACCACUGUAAUAUAUGCACAUUCCUUGCGUGUUCAGAGCACUUCGCAAACAGUACCUUAGUAAUAAUGGUCUACAUAUUGUAAAGAUUAUAACUCCCUGUUGUAGAUGUGGAGAUGGAGAGAUAGAGAAGGGGGGCAUCCAUAAGCCCUCCUUAAUGGGUGAGGUGAGAUUUGGACUGAGGACUUCCUAGUAGGGAGGCGGGCGUUGGUUUGGAUGUGAAACUACCUUACUCUCAUUCUCACUUGAAACAGUAUGUGAUUGUGAACCAAAAUGCAACUAUCCUUCAAAAUUUACACUUCUACAUAUUUUGUGAAUUUUGUACAAAAAACCACAUGAUUGGGGAUAUUGCUUGCAAAAAUGUGUGUAUUAGGAGAAAUGCACACUAAAAUGCUGACACGUAUUUGGGAUGACUUUUUAAGAAAGCAAACUGAGGGUAAAUAGACUGGUCCUCCCAUCCCAACUUCCCAGCUAACACUCUUAGACCUUACUUUACACCAGCUCUCGGGACUAAGGCCCUGUAUCAGUCUGAUUACACGAGAAGUAUGAUUGAUGUUCUACAAGUUUACUCAGAAGUAAAUCCGGUUGUUAGACAUGCAGUAUACUGGUUAAACAAUACCAGAUCCCUCUAUAGCCUCAUAUAUGGCUCUCUUUAUUUACAUCUGUUGAUAUCCUUUUUGAAUAAUCUUUUUUAUUGAUUUUUGAAAAUAUAAACAUACAACAUAAAACAAUACACAAUCCAAAUUCUGAGAUUACUCUGGAUCUCCUGACUUUCCCCCAUCCCUUCCAUGGGUCCUUUUGAUACUAUUUUCAACUGCAUAUCAGUACUUCUCCAAUUUUCCAUCUUCCUAAGUUUACAUCUGUUGAUAUCUUGACACAGCUGUAAGAACUGGAAUCCCAUUUGUAAUGGGAUGCAGUAGUAAUUGUUGCAAUACAUGCGUGGGAAAGGUUUUGUGACUGCCUAACACUGAGAAAAUGGGUGUAGUAUCUGUGAUACUUUUUUCCCCGAUAGCCAGAGGGGGGGUGUUAACAAAGAUCUUUUUUGAGAUUUGGAGGGCAGGUGUUAGGCAGAAUCCAGUGGGGAGUAUCAGGAAAUGGAAGAAUUUGAAGGAAGGGGCAAAAGGUCAGGAGUUGGUUCAGCAUCUGAUUAUAAAACAGCCUAAUUGCUAGAAGCUAUGCUCUUCUCUUGGAGUUUUUCCAAAGGCUGAAUCUCUUGGAUGCUCUGCACAACCUGUCUAUUUGGGUUGGCUUCUGUGCCAAGCUGGGGAUUCAAGGAUUCACACAGCAUGUACAUUUGCUCAUAUUUCUAUUUGAUUAAAUGUAGUUGGGAAUGGGGCAAGCCAAAAUUUUCAAAUCAGCUGGAAUUCAUCAGUGAGAUGGUACUUAUGCAUUCUUUUCAGAUCCAAGGAAGAACAACCUUGUGGAGAUGAUACUAGAUGUGAAUGUCAGCCAGCUGACAGAACGGCAGAAGGGAAUGUUUAUUCGUCAGAUAGCGGUUUUGCUGGGAGUCCUGGAUUCAGACAUCAUCGUACAAAAGAUUCAGCCUUACACAGAGGAGAGGUAGGAGACCAUGGAGAGGAUCUUAAUCGAGACAACCUAGUUGUAGCCUAGAAGGCACCACUUGCAAUUUGCUCAUUUGAAAACAGGCAUAGGAAAGUGAUAAAACACAGCACUCCCUUUUUGAGCUGAGUGAUGGAGGUUGAUUUUCAAGAUUGAAAUAUUUUGUGGAUAAGUUUGUGUGCACUUGUAUUCAUAUGUGUACUUGAAAAAGAUUCAUUCAUAAUGAGAAUUUCAUGGUAUGUACAGACAUAGAUAGAAUGCACUCACUGUAUGUCUCAUGUUAACUUAUCCACAGUAUCAUGCUCAGAGGAAACCUGCUUUUCCCCAGGUUUGCAGCAGAAGCUGGGUUCGAACAGUGCUAGUUCUCUGGCCUUUGUAUCUGCCAUGAAGCCACCACUCCUCUCUUCCCAUUCUCCCCCACUUUCUUAGAACAGUAAAACAGUAAAAACCUGAAGAGAAAGUGCCAAGCAUUUGAGCCACUGACCAUGUAGUUGUUUGGAAACCAAAGCUAAGGGAGAUAGCCCCCAUGGAGGAGGAGGAGCACCCCACAUUCAUUGCAGAGCCAGAUGCAUGUGUCCAUUGAAGACAAAAGGUGGGGAAAGGGGCGCUUAACUAUAGCCACACACACAAAAAGGCUGCACAUAAAACUGUUUUCAGCCUUAAAGUGCAAGUUCAAGCACCCUGUGUGUGGAUAUAUUUUCAUAAGUUUAUGUUGUCAACCUUGCUUCACUGCAAACCAAACCUCUUCAGAGAAUAAGGACUUAGGUUUUGGGGCAGGAGGACACACCCAGGCUUGGAGCCCUGGAUUGCAUUGUGGAUCCUCAUGCCCUAGGUUCUCAUGCGCCAGGAAUCGCAGCAGCACAGAGCUCUUGGCUAAGCUAGUGCUUGAUUAAGCUGGUGCAUUACCCAGUCCUUUCAGAAAUCUGGGCAUCUGAACUUCCUGCCAAGUUUAUCCAGACUGAAUCUUCUGGUACAUAAGUGAAGUGUUCACUUUUCGUUAACCUUGAAAAAAUUCUUUUGCUUAAUGACAUGAGCCAAGAAACAGAGGUGCUUUGGGCUUUCAGUUCUAACCCCGUCUCCCCUCCCCCCUCCGCCACCUCACAUCAUCCCAGUCGCAGACCAGUCAUUUACCGUUCUUCCUCCUAGCAGAAGAGGAAGAGGUUUGCAUCUGAUCAAUAUAUAUUUGGCUGCAGUUAAGAAAGCAUUAAGUAAAUGGAAUAUGGCUGCAUUUUCUUUUUUUUCUUUUCUUUUUUGUGCUCCUCCCUCUCUGUCUGUCUCUCUCUCUUUAAGGAGCACUUUUAUCUGUGCCAGGUGGACAGGAUGGGGUUUUGCAUGGCUCGAUUCUGGUCCUGCUGCUUUGAUUUGCUGUUAAGAGAGGGUUCCAGGGGGGCUGUUUCACAUUUUGUCCUUUUUGAGCAGAGCUAUGCAUAUUUUGCUCUGGGGGAAAAAAUCUGAAGUCUGCAAUGGCAAUAAAUCAUGCAAACAAAGCAGAUAUAUGUGUGUCUGGUUCCUUGCUUUUGCAUAAUUAUUUUGCUUCCAAGAACUGACUUCUCAAAGAACAUAGAUUCACUUCCAAAGAAACUUGAGGAAUUAAUGGAAAGGAAGGCUUGUAGGGGCGAGACCUGCUAAAGAUUUUGUAUUAUGGAAAUCUUUCUUUGUGUUCUUCCCAUUCACCCAUCCCAACCCCCAGUAGUUGCGGUUUUCUGAAGAGAAACCUUCUAUUUAUGCUUAUUGUAUCCCCAAUUUUCUUGUUAAUUGCAGCACAAAGAUGGUAUUCUACGUGUGGAAUCAGCCUCCUCAUCAGAUCUUCAAAGGGCAUGACAUUGCUUGGUCACUCAAGAACGAGCUGCGGAAGCAGCAGCAGUCAGGUUUCCUCAUCUUCCGAGUGCUGGAGAUCAAUACAGUCAGUAAGUUAGAGGAACAGCUGAUGUGGCUGCUGACCAUUUCUUGUCACCUUGCACCACCUCCUUCCAGUGAGAAGUUUCAUUUUCCCUGUGUCCAACUUCCCCUAAGGCCAUUGCAUCUGUAUGUGCACCAUAUCUGGGGUGGGGUUGAGGAUCACAGUAAACAAUAACUUGCUUCUGACAAUGGCACCUUAUAUGGAGCCUAUCUCAAUCAGAUUUGUCAACACUGAAUGACAGUGGCUCUCCAGGGUUUCAGACUGGGAACGUUCCCAGUUCUACCUGGAGAUGCCAGGGAUUGAAUCUAGGGCAUUCUGCCUGCAAGACAGAUGCUCUGCCACUGAACUAUGACCAGCGUAGUGGACCCCAAUUUCUUCACCUAGAUAAAUUCCAGAGAGACUGAAUGAUAUGUUCCACCAACAAGCAUCCUAGCAAUAAUGUUUCUACUAGAAACUGACAGUGAUGGGUCUUUUCCUUCCAAGCUGAAGAAUGGGAGAAGAUAUGGUUGCUUAUAGCAGCCUUCACUAACCUGGUGCCCUUCAAAUGUUUUGGACUACCAUUCCCUCAACCUCAGCCACCAUGCCUGUUGUUCUGAUCACUUCAUGUACGUUAUCUCAGGAAUCACUGCAAACAGGAGCCCAGUAAAUUAAACCAGAGUUAUUCUUGUUUAUUGCAGCUUGCAGGGUGGGGGUGGGAUUACAAAUCUGCCUAAAGCCCACAUAAUUUGAAUCUGUCCCUGGGCAUUACCUCAUUAGGGUGUUGUUGUUGUUUUUAACUGAUAUGAUUGCUUCUUACCUCCUUGAAAUGUAUAUGAUGCCUGCCCCCAGGGAGUUCUUAGACUAGUUUUAUGCCAAGUUUUCUGAGCUAUUGCAUUUUACUACCAUGGUUCAUGCCAUAUGAACCAGCAGCACAGUGCUAUUACUGUUUUGAUAGGAGAGGCUUCAGUCCUGCAUAUCCACUUUAGCACCCUUUUCCUCGCCUUCCUUCUCCACCCUAUCUUUGACCUUGCAGUUGAUCUAUGGGAAGAAAGAAGGUUUUAUCCUUCAUUCUAUUCCCAUUGUCAGUCUUUUUUUUUCUUUUUCUUUUUUGGAAGCUACUUCCCAUUGUGCACUUCUAAAUCUUCACGGAUCCAAGUAUAAGUUUUCAAUUAAUAAUGUUGCUAUCUGUGCUGCUUUCUUGAACUGAUGCAGGGUGCAUGCUGAACUGCUCCCACUUCUGGGGAUGGCACAAGAAAGAGGGAAUUAGACAUAAAUGUGAGAAGCAAAGCGGCAAGAGCAGACAACUGGCAAUGUAACACACAGUGGGAAGUGGAGGAAGAGCUAUAGCAGGGGAUAUGCGGAGCUCUGUUUUUGUGAAGGAGAAGCCAAAAGCCUCUUGACAGCUGGCCACCUCUGCCUUUGCCAUUGUGACACAGACACCCACACACCAUCCUGCUAACUCUCAGUUGCAUUAUGGGAUUUAUGUUCUGCAGGGAGUUCACAUUAUGCACAUUGGCUGGGGUUUGGCAUCUCCCUCAGGGGCCACUGAGGCUGAAACCAGAAGUUGACUGGGUGCUACUCAUUGACCAAGAACAAACAGUGAUGUUGUAUAAGGAAAAGGCAGCCCUACUGACCAUUAUUACAGAGCUGACACUCAAGCUUGGAUUCAGCAAAAGAGACCACAAAUGUAUUUUUGAAAUUUGGAAAGUGAGAGAAAAUGGCAUUGGGGGCAGGGGAAACCCCCAGUGUUUGCACAUAACUUUCUGCACCAGUGUGUAUAUGUGCAUGCAUGGAUCUAAGGUUUUUUGGGGGGAGGGGGACAUUCAAAUAUCACUAGAUGUUUUUAUUGCACAUCUCAAUGGCAUGUAGCACAGACUUGUCUUAUGAAACAGGGCCUGCUUGCAUGAUAUUGAUCAGUGUCCCCCACAAUCACAUCCAGUAUAUCCUAUAGAUAAGAUAAGGAACAAAAUGGAUUUCUGAACCUGGCUGUCUUGAGAAUCUAGGGGGAAAUGUUUGAAUCCUCAUCCCUUCAAGUUUGACUGUGAAACUGAAUUGUGUCUGACUGGGCUCUCCCUCCUCCAGCCUGCCAGUUGAACUGUUCAGAACAUGGGCACUGCAACUCCUUCACCAAGCGCUGUGUUUGUGACCCUUUCUGGAUGGAGAACUUCAUCAAAGUGCAACUAGGUGAUGGCGAGAGCAACUGUGGUAGGUACCACUCUCUUUUUCCUUUCAUGGUUAAUAAGGCAACAGCCUCUGCAAGAGGCUCAGUGCCUAAAUGCAGAAAGUUUCUGUUUGUUUCUGUGUCAUGCCCCACUGUGGAGAAGGAGCCCUCAAAGGGGAAGAAGAACAGGCAAAGGGUAUUGGGUGUUGGUUUGGUAUAGCCAGGGAACCGUAUAUGUUUGAGGGAGGGGAUUAAUGGGCUGAUCACAUGGAAUCUCUGCAGAAAUCAGCAGCUGUACUAUAUCUAGUGUCUUAAAUAUUGAGCAGCUUCUGGCCUCAUCUUAGGUGAUUGGUAGGACAGGGCUUAGUGAGGGGGUGUCACCACCCCACUCCCACAUUAGAGGCCAGUUGAGACAUCAAAGUUGUAUCUCAGCCAACUCUCCCACUUUGCUUAUAGUCCCAGCAGAGUUACCUAAGCCAGCCUGGUGCAACAUGUAGAGCCGCUUCUUGAGGGACUCCUUAGCAUAGGCACUAACUAUAGGGGCCCUGGGGGCCUGGGCACCCACAGUGCGGGCACCAAUGUGACUUCCAGUUUCUACCGAAAGUUGUGUCGCAGGCCCAUUGCAACCCCCGAGGCGAUGUUGGAGACCCUGCCAGGUCUCUGACGUGACUUCUGGUACAAUCCGGAAGUCACGGCAGAGAUCUCAUGAGGCCUCAUAUGUGAUCUCCAAGGCCACACAAGGUCUUGGAGAUCUCCUCUGAGAUCUUGCCAGGCCUCAGAAGCGCCUGCAGCGUGUUGAUGUCACUUGACAUCACGACGUCACAUUAUGUCACGGAAGCCAUUGGGCAUCCAUAACCUGGAGCCCAAGUUGGCACCCCUGCUCCUUAGCAAGUCCCUUGGGGGUCUGUGCCUGCCCUGCCCUGCCCUCAGUUCAGCCAGUUAAUUGAUCUGUUAUUUGCACCCUACUCUUCUACACAUGCACUCAGAGAAGCUGCCCCUAUUUGGAUUCCACCUCUGUCUCCCAUGGCAUCGGGAGCAUAAUUCAGCCUGCUGUUAUUCUAAAUGUCCCAGUUCAGACAAUCAUCAUGGUCAAAUUGAUCCAGGUUUGUUUUAACUAAUUAGAAUAAACCACAGUUCCCUCAACUGGUUCAGAAUAAGAAACUGUGGUUUGUUCUAAAAUGAAAGAGAAACUUUAAUUUUCAAGUGUGUGCAUCAAAGGCUGGAUGUGAAUCAUUAAUAGUAAUCUAAACUUUGGUUUCAAUUAUUGUCUAAACUGGGCUAGUGUCAGCCAAGCCAGGGCAGCAUGCAGUUAUACCCCUAGGCAUACCUGAACUGUGAGGUCUACAACCCAUAGUCCCUGAGAUCAAGUUCUGAGAGCUGGAGACAGAUCCAGGGCCUAUAUUUCAGCUAGAACCUGAAGUGUAGCAGGCGGAAUGUGCCAAUCUGUUCUUGGCCAGGCAAGGCAGAAGACCAGGUUUCAAGGCUUGGCCAAUCCAGGCACUUUAUAUUUCCUGCCAGUCACAGAGACCAAUGUCACAUAUAUCUGUUCCUCUUUCUGUGCCUGAUGAAGGCACUGGCCCCAGCUCCCAGAAGCUGGAUCCGAGCCCCAGCCCCAACUAUGAGGCUCCUAGUUCAAGCUCCAGAGUCUGAUGCUGAGAUUCUAUCUCUGUCCUUCUUACAGAAUGGAGCGUGCUCUACGUUGUCAUUGCAUCGUUUGUUAUCGUGGUCUCCUUGGGGAUCUUUUCUUGGGUGGUGGUCUGCUGCUGCAAAAAGUGAGUAAGGCCCUGAGACCUUUCCAGACCCCUCUUCCCUUAACAGUAAAGUCACUGCUCUUACUUUUGGGUUAGGUGCUCGUUCUCUGUGAGGGCCUCACACUCCAUCUAAGCUUCAAUCUGUUUCUUUAUCCCCCACCCCCAUUUUUUCUUAAGACGUAAGGGAAAACCCAAAAGGAAGAGCAAAUACAAGAUCUUGGAUGCCACAGAUCAAGAGAGCCUCGAGUUAAAACCAAAUCCCAAAGCAGGUAAGACAUCAGAAAAGAGGUUAGCACUCACAGAAUGCUGACACAGGCUGGUUUCUAUUCUCAAGGGUUUUGAAAUCACUGCAUGACAUAGGGGAAGCUUGUAGCUCUGUGGGUGUUUGCUUGAAAGCCGAGUUUUCAGUGAUCCAGUUGUGUCUGUUCCCCUCAGAGUUCUGUCCAACAGGGCAUGUCAAGAUGCUUGCCACAAAGGCAGCAAAACGGGGGUCACCUUUUCCCCAUGUGCUAGGAGCACUUUCGGCAGUAGAGGGUUUCCGAGAGGAAUUCAGAAUAACUUCUACAUUAUAUCUGUCAUUCAGUUUUGCUUUUUAAAGUGCUCAUUAGUUUUGUGUGAUCUUUACAAUAGGGCCGUAACUAUUGUCUUAUGGUAAGCAUAAGGUUGUCAAGGCUGGUUGUCUCCAUAAUUCUGUCUUAUGUCAUGCUAUCCAUUCAAGCCAUUUUGGGUUAAGUCACAACCCCAGCACUUCCCCAGAAUUCAAAAUUUGCCCACUGGUCUAAAAAGGUUGACAACCCCUGAUCCAUUCUUUCCCGUUUACCUCAAUGAAGGUGGGACUAAGUCUCAUUUUCCAGGUGGAUUUUAACUGAAAAUCCUUAAAGAUAUUUCUGGAAACACACAUUGAAAAACACAGUUUAAGAAAGUACUAACAAGGCCAUCAGAGGGUUGCAUGCUGCCUUUGUUUCUGCCCCCCCCCCCCCAUUUUAAUAGCUUGUUUCCCCCUACACAAUUCUGCCACUGGAGUGAUUGCUCCCAAGGUGGAGCUUGCUCUUAUGUUCAUUCAAGGCACAUCAUGGCAGAUAGCUUUGCUCAGGCUGUAGGCAGCUAGGAAAGAUAUUUAAAGGGGUUUAAAGGGGUUUUUUUAGAGCAGGACAGAGCAAAACCCACCCACUGACUAUAUGUGUUAUGAAAGCGGCAGGAAACACACCUAUUGCAAACAAAGCAGUAUGACCACCCCAAAACUUUUGCAGGCACAAAUGGUAUUGGAAGCAAGGUUGUGUAUAACCGUCCAGACACUCUCAAGUGUGGCUGAUAAGCAGGCUUAAAGUUGCUGCCUUCCAGCCUUUGGAUUUGGCUGUGUGGUCAAGUCCCCCAUGGGGAACCCAGAUGCACAGUCAAUCCAGCUGCAUCUCUACCUGCCCCACACUUGACAUCAUUUGCGAAGUCAGGUAUGGGGCAGAUGGGUGUGGUUUCGGGAAAAUGACCUCGAAUGCCAAAAUGGAACCAGAAUGGGAUUGCCUGUGGACUGGAGGUGCUCCACCCUAGAUUCUGAGCUAGGUGGACCAGCUUCUUAUGCUGAUAUAAAAUAUGCAGCAGGAGUCUCUCUCACACACACUCAGAGAGAGAGAUUCUUACUGAAUAGGUUAUCUUACUUUUUUAUGUGUUUAUAUUUGAAGGCAGUAAACAGAAAGCCCAGGCCCAGAACACUAGCCUGAUGCAUUCAGAAUCUGAGCUAGACAGCGACGAAGCCAUCUUUACAUGGCCGGAUCGGGAGAAGGGAAAGCUGCUGCACAACCAGAAUGGUUUCCUGCGCAACGGGCAGGUGACGCCGAAGCCGAAGAACCAGAGGGAGGAAAUCCUAUAG